GCGUCUCCAGUAAGGCACGAGCGCGCGAUGCCGGAAGGAACCGGGAGGCGGGGGUGAAACUUGCCCCGCCCAGGAGCUGGAAGAGCGCGUUGAGAGGCUCCAGUACUAUACUAUCCGAUUGCCUUCGCUGUCUCCAGAGGCGGGCCGGAUUUAACGCGGCGGCCCCUUUAAGCUGGCCCGGGCGCCAGAAAAAAAAAGGUUGUCCCGCGCCUGCGCAACGGAGCCUUGACCUCGCGCUCAGUUGGCGCUGCUCGUAACUACUUCUUGUUGUUAUUUUUUUUUUAAAAAAAGGUGGUAGUUGGUGGGUGGGGGAGGGGGAAGCGCAACGUUUCGCGUUCGAUUCUCCUCAUUUAACCGGCAGCGGCGCCCCCGUCGCCAUAGCGACCUGUCCCUAGCCGAGUCGGGCCCGGCCUGGGAGGGAGCCCCAGCGGCCGAGGCCAUGGAGGAACCGGGAGCGGCCGCCUCGUCCUCCUCAGGAGGGGACGCCGCCGCUGCCGCGUCCGAAGUGACGGAGAUCCGCGUCUCCGGCCCGCAGCCGCUGCGGCUCUUGGAAUGGAAAGUGUCGGCCGGGGCGGCCGUGAAGAUCGGCUCGGUGCUGGCGGUUUGCGUGCCUAUCGUGGGCCCGGCCCGGCCUGGAGCCUCGGCCGCCGAGACCGGCCCGCAGCGGACAGCCGAGCGAAAGGUCAAAGCGGAGCGGCCGGGAGUGGUGCGGGAGCUGUGCGCGCAGCGCGGGCAAGUCAUCCCGCCCGGGUAAGAGGGGUCGGCCGGGGCUUGGGGAGGGCGGUGGGCCGGGCCCCGGGAAAGCGCCGCCUCCGGUGGCUUCUGCCUCUCGGCUUCUCCGCCUGGACUUGGGAAGCGCCUCCAGUGUCCGCUCUGCUCUUCCCUCUCCUGCGAAGAUCCGGGACAGGGUGAGGAGAGGCGGGAAAGCGCGGGAGGAGCAGCCGGUGCCUUCCCCGCCCUCUUCCACGGCGGCGCCUGUGACAGCCCAGGCCCGCUCCUCCUCUGGCUCAGAUGCGGCCCCAGAUUUAAAAAGGCGCCGCAGCCAGGUGGGCUCGGCCGGCGCUUCAGGCUGCCCGCCCGCCCGCCUUCCUUGGGUCUCGGUUGAAGCGCCUUAGGAAACCGAUCUUUGCUCCCCGUCUCCAUGGAGGAAGUAGGAGGAGUGACUAGCGAAGGGCGAAACACAACCCCUUUUGCAGCCUGCUGGGCCAGUUGCAAUAAUGUAGGUUCCCACAUGGCUUUAACACUUCUGAAAUGAAGUUUUCGAAGAUGUGCAGACAAGCCACAGGCAGCUUACCUUGGAAACUAAGGGGCAAAAAUGGAGUGGAACAGCUUUCUUUUAUUUAUAGCCCACAGAGCAUAACAAGGAAUUGGAAUUCAAAACGAGCUUUUAAAAGCCCCAAAGAACACAAUCCAGUUUAAAGAAACUAUUCCACCUGACUAUAUUACUGAACUAUAGGAAGAGGGAGAAAGAUGGACAGUAUACUGUAUAUCAGGGAUGAGAGUUUUCCACAGCCUUAGCCAUUGCCCAGAAGGUUUUCUAGGCUAGUCAUAGGCUCCCAAAUUUCAGUGUAUGGUGGUAUUGCACGAAGGGCCUCCUCAGCAAAUCUCAAAGCUCUCGUAAGACCCUUCUUACUCAAUGCUUUCUAUGUCAUUUGGUGAUUUGUUGUGACAUCAUAGUAGAGCUUGACUAGCUACUUACUGUUUUGUGCAUGCUUUGCCUGAACUAAUUGCUGUAAUAUAGGGCUGGGGAACCUGUAGCCCACCAGUUGUUGUUGUAUUUCAAGGUUUCUCCAUUGGGGACCUUAUAGUAAAACUUUGACAGCAGAAGAGAUGAUAAAAGGCGAGAAGGAGGAAAGGAGGACAAAUUAUGGGGAGUCCCAUAAAAUACAGUGACUUGAGCUAUGUAUUUAUGGCAAAACAAUGUGGUGCCAUGGUUAGAGCAUUUGGCAUAGUUUGGAAAAAACUGAGUACAAAUUGCAAAGCAUACUGAGUGACUUUGUGCCAGUUGCUGUCUCAGGAUAACCUACUUCACAGGAUUGUUGUGAGAAUAGAAUGUCCUGAAUUCCUUGAAGGAAGGGUGGGAUGUAAACCUGAUGUGUUUGUUUGUGUUUAAAUUUGUAGUACACCCUAGCCCAAGGGCUCAAAGUGAGUAACAGCAAGAUAAACAGCCUGUGAUUAGAGACACCUUAAUUAACCUGAAUAAGUCAGAGCUGCAGUCAUGAGUGUAGACUGUGUGGAGGAAGCAGGCCUUGGUAAAAUGUAGAAGAAAUGUUAAAAUUAAAUAUGUUGGACUUUAUCACUUAAAUUUAUGUCUGUUUAUACAAAUGAAACACUUGUUCUAAUACCCAAUAUUACUCAAAUUACACAAGUCUGAUCCAGUUCAGAACAGUUUUUCAUCUUGGUUACUUUUUUCUUUAAUUCCUAAUUUGCAGUGAUGAUUUCUUGACCUAUGUUGUACCUGAACACAAAAAAUGUAGGAAAUGCUAUUGUAAAAUUAAUUAGACAUUAAAUUUCGGGUGGGGAAUCACACCCCAGAAGUUGAUGGACCUUAACUCUUGUCAUCCCUGAACAUAGCUAUCUAUUAAAGAAGAUUUCAGAGUAGCUACACUCUCUAACCUCAUUCCAGAGAUAUAUGUAUGCAAAAAGAUGCUGUUAUGUAGUUUGGGAUGUGCAUUUAGAUACUGAGAUACAUAGUACCUAGGGAUAGCAAACUACAUGUGAUAUUGACCUGCUCUGUGGAUGCACUAUCAAGAAUACAGGUGGAGGAAGGACAGGUGGAUCUUUCCUUUCUCCAAGUGCCUGCUUGGUUUCCAUGCUGGCUGAGGAAGAAGGGGCUGUUUUCCUUCUGUGGUUAGUACAGAAAUCAAGUAGCUCAAAUCUGCCCCAUCUUCUCCUUUGCCUUUAUGAUAUGUCUCGUUUCCUAUAUGUACUAGACAUAUACACACAAGAAUGUGCAUGUCUCUGGGUUAGCCUUUUUUCUUCCCAUGCAGCAAGGAUCCUAUGUUGCUCUGAACAAGUAGUUUAGCUGUUACCUGCCUGCAGAUGUCCUUCUGCAAAUGGCCUUAUCAGUAUUCAGUGCCUGUUUUUGUUUGAGCUCAGUUUUGGAGUGGAUAAAGGUAUCUACCAUGUCUUAUUUAUUUAUUUAUUUAAAAUGUAUAGCCUUACUUAUUGUUUGUAAUGAAUAUCCUGUUUAAGUGUGUGUAUGUAUAAAAGUAAAGCCAAUUCAAAGCAUCAACCAAAGCAUGAUUAUCAAAAGUACACUGUAGACAAGGCUUUUGAGAAUUGAAUGGUUCUUACUUCAUGCCUAAGGGCACGGUCCUAACCCUAGAUCCAUCAGGAUGAGCAAGUUAGGAUGUGGCAGAUCUCAAGGUCAGCCAGCCAGUUCCCAGGUCAGCUGGGCUAUACAGGCACAAGUCCCCAAGCCUGACUCAGCCAGAGAUUCGCAGGUGUAAAUAACUCCCGCAUCCCUGCUCAACCAGGUCUAAGCAGACGGAACCAAGUUUGACGAAACUUACACUACUGUGACCCCAGGCAAAUGGUGGGGAUGGGAAACUAUUUUAAAGGCUUGUUUUCCCUCUGUCAGGCUGCUCCUGAAUGGAGUUUGGAAAUGGUGUACUUUAUGCUACUUAACUUAGGUCUGCAUAAAUCAUACUGGUUUUCCAUACUUAGGAUUGCUCCCUAAAACAUAUUGUGAGAGAUGCCUGCUGAACCUCCUUGGGAAGAGCAUUCCACAAUCAGGGUGUUAUAAAGUGAAAAGUUAUUAAAAGGAGGAAACACCCAGGAGAUGACCUUAACAAAAGAGUUCAUAUGGGAUAAUACUAUCCUUCAGAUACCUCACUUCCAGGCAGUUUGGGGCUUUAAAAAUCAAAAUCUUGAAGGUAUACCUGGUAACAAACUGGAAGCCAAUUUAAAUACAACAUUUUGUCAGUACAGGCAAAAUAUGCUUAGCAUGCUGAGUACCUAUUAAUAACUUGAACUGUCAUGUUGCAAGAGUAUAAUACUUUUCACAGAAAGCCCAUGGAUAACAAUGGGAAUAUUGCAUUUGUUCUGGAAGGCCACAAUUUGCACCAACUAAUCUAAGUUGGUAAAGAGUGCUUUAAGCAAAGAUAUCACUUAAGCACCCAUAAACAAAAGAGUUGAGAGCAGGCCUAAGCAUCCUAACAAGUAGUACAAGGACAAGCCAAAUAGUGUUUCACCUUAUUAGCCCUCACCCAUCGUAUUACUCAGUCAAAGCAGUAGCUUAGAACAGGAGUGGUCAGCAUGAUAUCCUGAUGACCUUGCUGCCUAGAAUUGAGCCAAGUUGGAGUCCUACAACAGCUGAAAGGCACCACCUUGGCUAAAAUGCCACCAUUUCACCUGGAUGGGACUGUACAUACUGAUGACACUUUACUCCAGAGCAUGUAUGCUCUUCCCCAACAGUUUCAUGUAGAUGUCUCAACAAGAUAUAACGCGGUGGCACCCCGUAGCAUAUAUGUAAUGGAUUGUGCCAGUGGUAAUGGCUCUCCCUUAUAAGUAAGUGGAAUCACCAAGGUGCUGUGCCCUCAUCUCACAUUUUGAACAGGCAGAUAAGAAGUACAUAAUGUGAGAGAGUACCAAGAAACCUUGAGGGCACACAGGAUUAUUAGCAGAGUUACACUCCACAGUCCUUUUCACAGUGAAGGUCAUCCACUGAGCAACCAAACCGAUUUGAAUUCUAAAACUGGCAAAUCAGAUUGAAAUGUGUCUUGAAAAUGUGCUAUUUGGGAUUUUCUAGAGGUGUAUGCCUUUUAGUGAAACUAAAUGCACAGAACUUCACAUCAUCUCAAAACGUUAGGUUGCAGUAUUGUGCAUACUUUUUACAAGCCCAUUCUAGGAUGGUAAGAGAGCCAUGCUGUUAAACCAUUUAAAAUAGUACUUGGUCUACAUUUUUAUCUCCUUAAAAACAAAAAACAAAAAAACCAUUCAAGACAAGAACUUUAUUCCUAUGAGGUGGAACUAAAAUGACCUAUCAAACAGUACUUCAGAUAGCUAUGAGCCCUCUCCCAACCGUAAGCCAUUUCCCUGAUCUUAAUCAAGCAUUCAUUUCAAACAAUCCAUUCAUUUCAUUGACAUUGUUCAGGAGAACUCACCAAUGAAUUAGGAACAUUCGGAAGCUUCCCUAUGUUGAGUCAGACCAUUGGUCCAUCUAUUUCAGUAUUGUGUAUGCUGACUGGGAUUGGCUCUUUCAGACAGGGUUCUUUUCCAACCCUACCUGGAGAUACAUUGUCCUACCUUCUGCAUGCAAAGCAGGUGUUCUACCACUGCACUACGGCACAGUCCUUGUGCUAUGGAUUGUGCCCAGAUAGAAUAUCUCUGUAAAAUGUAUGCUUUCUGGCAUCGGUUAAAUCCUUUUAAAGAGGGCUUUUUUAAUAACUAAAGUGAACAGUAAUAAAUUCAGCUGUUAUAAAAAAUAAAUAGAAAUAAGCAUAAAGAAAACUAUUAAGCAAACACAUUCUGUAUUGUGUGAAUCAACAUAAGAAAGCUGUGAAAUAUCAUGGAUAGUUUUUAUGUUUGUGUCCACCAAGCAACUAUUGCCAAGAUUUUCAGACUGUGAUCUAUGGAGCACUGGUUCUCCAUGACCACCACACAGAUGGCGUAUUAAAAAGUUAACAGCUACCAUACUUCCACAUGCAGUAGCAAAAUGAACACUGAACCUGAUCAGAGGCUAACAAACAUUACAUUUAGCUUCAUAGGACUUCAUUCACCAAACAGGCAUAUCCAUCCCAUUAGAAAAGCAAGAAUACUAAUAUUAAAAUGUGCAUUAGGUAAAGGUAAAGGGACCCCUGACCAUUAGGUCCAGUCAUGGCCGACUCUGGGGUUGCGGCGCUCAUCUCGCUUUAUUGGCUGAGGGAGCCGGCGUACAGCUUCCGGGUCAUGUGGCCAGCAUGACUAAGCCACUUCUGGCAAACCAGAGCAGCGCACAGAAACACCGUUUACCUUCCCACCGGAGCGGUACCUAUUUAUCUGCUUGCACUUUGACAUGCUUUCGAACUGCCAGGUUGGCAGGAGCAGGGACUGAGCAACAGGAGCUCACCCCGUCAUGGGGAUUCAAACCACCGACUUCUGAUCGGCAAGUCCUAGGCUCUGUGGUUUAACCCGCAGCACCACCCGUGUCCCUUAAAAUGUGCAUUAUACGUGCUUUUAAUAUGCAGAACAAUUUUGAGUGGUCUACCGAGAUACCCCCAUGCACACACAUACCCCAGCAAUUUUCAGGUGGUCUGGAGGGAGGAGGUAGGUUGGCAACUGCUGCUCUAGUAUUCAUUGUGACAGUCAGCGUAAACCCUGAUUUCCCUACUUCUAAUCUGAUACGGAAUAUAAUAUAAUGAAAUCAGUUUUUCCUUAAGUAAGAUUUUUCUUUGCUUUCCAGAGGUGUCCUGGUGCAGCUGGAAGGAUGCAGCCAUCCAGUUGUUAUGAAAGGCUUAUGUGCAGAGUGUGGCCAGGAUUUGACACAGUGAGUAUUGUUGUAUGGACUUUGACUUCUGCUGAUGGUGCUGCAUUAAACUGAGGAUUGUCACCUUUGAGGAAUUUAAACUGAAAUCAAUAGCAUUGCACUGGAAUAAUGCUCUUCAGACUUGGAAAGAACAAUUUGUGUUUAUUGUAUGCCCAGCAGUGCCAGAAAUAAGUGUGAAUAUGGAGCAUGCGAACUUGCACUAGCAUAAUAUUACAAAAUAGAAAUAAACAUCAGUUUGAUGAUAAUAAAUAUGGCAUUCUUCAUAAAAUGUAUGCAGCGGACUAAAACACUGGAAGGUAUGAGCACAGGUUUAUUGAUGGAUAAACCAAAGAAUCAUUCUUUCAAAAGGAAUGUAAAACAUACUUGCUGAACUAUUGGGCAUGAAUGUAACAAUAAAGAACCAAAUGGGUGACAAUGUUGUACAUAGAAAACCACAACAGUAAAAUUUCUUUUGUAGUAGGAACUGUUCCCUGUUCAGGUCUCCAGAAAUACAGUCAAGAACUUGAAAUAGUUCUGAUUAAUAGAAUUUAUGGGAGUGUAUUGGGAGUUUGAAAUAAAGAUUAAGGCUGUUGCCUGUAAAAAACCUUCAUGUUUAAAUAUCCAUUUUGUGUCCAUUGUCUUCACAAAGGCCAAACAGGAUAUUCUUGAUAUAACUAUCAAAAUACACUGCUGCCCACUGAUGUCAUAUGGCAGCUUAUGUGCAGAUGAAGCAGGGUGGAUGAAGAACAACAUUUUGAAGCCAAGCGUAAUCAGUAUUGCACAACUGUCCAUGCACCAUUAUUAUUAUUUAUUUGAUUUAUAGCCCACCUUUCCUCCAAGGAGCUCAAGAUAGCACACAUGGCUUUGUCCUUCCCCAUUUUAUCCUCACAACAACCUUAUGGAGGUAGGUUAGGCUAAGAUACAGUGACUGGCCCAAAGUCCCCCAAGCGAACUUCAUUGCUGAGUGGGGAUUAGAAUCCUGGUCUCCCAGGUCUUCAUCCAACACUCUAAUACCUACAUAUUACACUGAAAGCAGUUUUAUUCAGAUAUUGGGAUGCUGCCACCCUAUAUUCCUAUAUUCCAGUUUAAUUCUUUCUGAGAGCAAAUGCAGUUCACUUUUGGAAUUUUAAGUAAAACAAAACAUACACAAAUCCAAACAAUUUUAUAUUGCAAAACAGAAAUGUGGUAUUUGUUGUAAAUGGUUAAGACUUUCUAAAAGCCUAACAUUUCUCUCAAUAAACAGAAAUGAAUCCUAAUCCUUUUCACCAUUUUUCUGUAUGUUUCAUAGGAUGCCAAUAAUUUAAGUACAUAGAUGUGUAUAUGUACUUUUUACUUGGUUUAAAAAGCGUGAUUCUGGUCUCUGUACCAAGGUGUGCCAUUUUUCCUGUUCUUAAAUUAUAUUAUUCUGCUUGCCAAUUAAACAUCAUGUAAAUUUACUGUUUGUGUACACUGUUUAAGGCUGGUUGGUGCAAGUGAUAAAUAAGGUAGUUGUCUUUAAAACUUAGGGCACAAAUCAGUCCUGUUAGAGGUUUUUUUUGGUAAUUGUUAUUAAUAAAAUUUGUCUGAUAUCUUUCACGUUGUUAGGUUACGAAGCAAGAAUGGAACGCAGAAUAUGCCAGUAUCCACAGCAACUGUAUCAAUGGUUCAUAGUGUACCAGAAUUGAUGGUUAGCUCUGAAGUAAGUACAGUAUACUCCUACUCUUCCCCUUAUUUUUGGCAGGGGCCCAAAGUUCAGCAGAUCUAAUUAGCAGAAUUUCCUCAUUAUGAACGCAUGUAAUACAGCAAGUUUGUCUUAGCUAAAUUUGAAGUUGAAAUCAACUCUUUUAAGUAGAUAGAAUCCUUAGCUAUACAUGUUUCUGAUGUGUUGUAAUCAAAUUUUAGUUUUGAAGAGAGAACUACUGCCUGCUCCCUUGGAUUUCACUCUAUAUUCUUCUUGCACAAAUCCUGCCAAUACAAGUUUAGAUGGCAAACUUAUUAAAUUUAUAUCCCAGUCUUUUUGCCAAACACAAAAGCAAUAAAGCAACACAAUUAAAAUACUGUUGAAAUUGAAAUAAAAAUGUGUGUAUCAGUCACAUACCCUCACAGCUAAGAUUUUAAAAGUAGCCACGAACAGUAUAUUUUGGCCAUCAAACACUUGGGUGCAAGUAAAAUGUUAUACCCAGGAAACCAGCUGCUUUUACAGCACAUGAAGAGCAGGGGAAAUAAUAAGAACUCUGUACAACAUGCAUAAGGAUUUCCAUUUGCACAAAUGGAGGGUUCUGCUCUGGGAAGGUUGGAGGAAUCUCCAGGACAAAUUUAGAUUGCACAUGAGAAGAGAAGAAGAUUCUGUUGCAAUCAGAGUCUUUGCACUAACAGAAGUACUUCAUUGGAUAGCACUCCUUAUUUUUUUGCUUGUAGGGGGAAAAUGCACACUGCAUCUGCCACAUACCAGAAGUUCAAAUAAACCCUUUGCUGCAAAAUCCACUAAUUAAACAUGUUGAUGCAGUGAGUCUGAUACAUACAAAUUGCUAGGAUUUUGGAGGCCUAGAGGGCAACUCUAAGAUGAUGUUCCACUUCCAUUUGUUCUUUAAUAUGAGUGAAAGGAGCUAUUUAGUCAACUGAAUUUUGGCUGGCUGUUGUUUGUUUUCCUUCUUUGAAAUUACUGUACAUUGCACUGCGUCUACUGAGAUCUUUUCAAGUUAAUCCUCAUUUUAUGCUUCAAAUACACUUAAUGGGAUACUCUGUUUUUAUUGUAGCAAGCUGAGCAGUUGGGAAGAGAAGACCAGGAGAGGCUACGCAGAAAUCGAAAACUGGUGCUAAUGGUAGAUUUGGACCAGACAUUGAUCCAUACAACAGAACAGCACUGCCAACAGAUGUCUAACCGAGUAAAGCAACAUUAUUGAUUAUUGUUCUUUGCCAAAAUACAUUAAAACUGUUCAACAUUUCAAGAAUGAAAUGCUUUAUAAAGUUCAUAAACUAAGAGGCAUCCAAUUCAUAGCAAAUAAAAACUUUCCAAAAUAUAUAGUAGAUCCUAAGCCCUUGUUUGUUAUUCUAGCUUCCAGAAGAAAUUCAAGGCAUCUAGCACUGAAAGGGAAAAAAAAACCCAAUAAUAAAUAAAAAUACUGGCAUACAUACUAAAUCUGCAGUAACUACAAAGAAACAACCAUUAGAAUUUGAUGUCCAAGCAUUGAAAAUAAGAAAUACAGCCUUCAGGAUGGGACAAGAUAAAAUCAAUAAUAUAAAAAUAAUGCAUGUGAAAUCUGCUUGUAUUGCUUUUUGCCAGAAAAGGAACAGUAGGUGGUAGACAACUAAAUUUUACUCAGAAUAGACUAAAUGAAAUCAAUGAACACUAGUUAGGUCCAUUAAUUCCAAUAGAUCUUCUCUGAGUGAUACUUAGUUAAAUAAUCAUCUAGUGAAUAUUCAGUGAAAGUACUUGCCAACACAACUAGAGGUGCAUAAAGGUUGGGACUUUUCAGGAACCUCUCCUACUUCAGCUGUUACGAAAUUUGCUCUGAGGUCUGGUGUACUCUCCAGUGUAGCAACUGAUAGAGCUGGAAAAGACACUUGCUGCCCAUGUGGGCUUUCUGGAUCCCUAGCUAGAGAAAUGGGAAUGAAACUGAAGUUACCUAGCUAGCUCCCAAAUAUUCUUAACUAAAUUGAUAGCUAAAACUACUUCAUCAUAUAGUGACUAUUUUCAGUCAUUCUAUGAUAAGGUGGUCUAGCCUGUGACUCCAGAUGUUGCUGAACUACAACUCUCAUGAUUACUGGGCAUUGGCUUGGCCUGACAGAAGUUGUAGUUCGUGAGAUAUUAUAAAAACCAUGGCAAGCAAAUAAUGUAAAUGCUGAGCUGCUCUUUUUAUUGAACUUUAUAAUGUAUAUUUGUAAGUGUAUACAAACGUGCUAAUUUUUAAAAGUUUGGUACACCUAAUAGUAGUUGAAAACUAAAUUCUUUUAUAAGCUGAAAAUCAUUCUGUAUAUGCCAGAAAAUGGGUUUUAUUUAUGAGUUAUAGCUUACGUCUUACCAGCGUUAAUCUCUCCCUUUCAGGGAAUAUUCCAUUUUCAGUUAGGUCGAGGGGAGCCUAUGCUGCAUACUCGGUUGCGUCCUCAUUGCAGAGAGUUCCUAGAAAAGAUUGCCAAGUUGUAUGAACUGCAUGUGUUUACCUUUGGAAGCAGACUUUAUGCACAUACAAUUGCAGGUAAGCAAUUGGAGGUUUAUAAGCAGAGGUUGGAAUGCCAUCUGUGUCAUGUAUGAUCUAGGUGAGAUUCUUGCAUCGCAGGGGGUUGGACUAGAUGAUUUUCAAGAUCCUUUCCAACUCUACGGUUCUAUUCUACGUACAAUAAUAUAGAACAUUCUAUAUUAUUAUUAUUAUUAUUAUUAUGGUACUUAGAAUAGAAGCUACCAAGUGGCUGCAGUGCUGUUGCCAAAUUGCAUUUCAAAUCUUGUUCAAAAGUAUUGUUGUUACACCCUGCAUUUUUCCCUGAUCGGCACUCAAGGUGGCUUAAACAAAUCAUGCUGAGAGUAACAGUCAGACAAUAAUAUCUGCUAAUCUACAGCAGGUUAAGAGAUUAGCAUGGGAUUGAGAGAAUUGGAUCAGCAUCCCUUUUAUUUAGAGUUCUGAUCCAGCUAAAUUGUGGCUAGGUGCAUUGUUUCAUUUACAUGAGGAAUGAAAGCAGUAGAACCUCGGUUUUCGAGCAUCUCAGAAGUCGAACGUUUCGGCUUUUGAAUGCCGAAAACCCAGAAGUAACUGCUGCUGUUUUCAAAUGCUUUUUGGAAGCUGAACGUUCCACGUGGCUUCCGUUUUGAGUUCCCCUAUUAUAUUGAGGCUUCUGUAUUGAGUUUUUGGUUUUCAAACGUUUCAGAAGUCAAACGGUCUUCUGGAACAGAUUACGUUCGAAAACCGAGGUUCCACUGUAUUCCAACACGCAGUAAAUUAAAGUUCUUUGGUGCUGAAAGCAUUAUUAUCCUAUUGCAUUCUACCAUUGACUUCUUGUUACUUUGGCCUAUUUAAAGCACUCAAGGUGGUAUCCAAUGAAGUAGUUCCGUUAGCACAAGAACUUCUGGCUUCUCAAUAGAAUGUCACCUCUCCCUGAUGCCCCCCAUGCCAUCCCCAUAUCUGUUCUGCAGGUUUGGGGGGAACGCCCAGAACAAACAUAGAGGUUGCUGAGGGAGAAGACAGGGAGAAGUUCCAUUGCAUAGCCAUGCACACAAAGUUAGUCCAUGCACUAACUUCGUUGGAUAUUGCCCUCAGUUUUACAAAGCACACAAAAAGCAACAUUCAUUUGUAAGAACAAAAAUCUGCAGUUGUGCAGUACCUUCACUGGGACAAGCCAAACUGUCGCAGAAGCUUUCAGGUUCUCCAGAAUGCUUCAUCUGGCAUUACACAAAGCUAUGAGGGGAGGUAGGAAGAGGAGGAAUAAAAAUGGGGAACGUACAUGGCUAAUCUGAUAAUGUAUCCAUGAGGUCAGUUUGCAGACUUUGCUCCAAGAUCCAAACUUUCUUCUGUUUUGAAAAUCACUGUUGUCCCUCAACAUGAGACCAUGAGAAGCCAGAAGUAAUAAAUAAUAUAUAACUGCCCUGAAGAGAGUGGGGUAUGUAAUCUGGGUGGAGGGAUUCACUUUUUCCCUCAGAUCUAUCUAGGAAAUGUCAUGGUUCUGCUUGAAAGAAGAAAAUCAACUCUCCAACUGUGUGUUUUUAUAGCAGUCGUUGUUUACAAUAGUGUGUGCAUGCUUCAGACACAAGGUGGCAGUAAAUUUAAAGAGAAAUUGUGUUGAAUGAAGACUUCAUUUAAUGUGCAGUGGAGCCUGGGUGAAAAACCCGUGGCCCUCCAAAUAUUGUUGGAUUCCAGUUUCCAGCCAACCUGGCCAGUCCAGGAUGAGAAUGGGUGUAAGCAUGUGUAUGAAAGAUAAUGGGAAUGGAUGCUGAUGGGGUGCACAUAAAGGUUCCCUAUAAGGAAAUGCAGUUCUUGGGUUGAGAAAGAAAUGUAUUUAAUCUAUUAACUCUGCUUAAUAAACUAGGAUUUGCACAGGCUGCAUCACCGCCAUGCAGCCCCAAAGUCCUCUUUUCAUGUGAGUGGGCAAAUGAGCAUUGAAGCCGUACUUAACCACAGUUUCCCUUUACAUGCAUACUGGGAAACUAUGCUAGAUUCAGUCCAACCAAGUUAGAAUAUUAGGACAUCUUUUAAGGAUGAGUUGGGAAUCGUCACUUGUUUGGAAACUGUUAAUCAUUGUUUCUGGUUCCCACAUAAUGGGAAACCAUAGCUAAUUGUAGCUUCCUGGUUUGUUUCUCCACUUCUGUGAUGGACGCCACAUGCAAGCGCAUGGAGUCAUUCAUAUUUUGGCUUGUUGAGUCAGGAUUUGAUUGUGCAAACCAGGUCAUUAAAUAACCAUUACUUUGAGUUCGUUGCUAAUCGAGCCACUGGGUAUUGUUGUUCAUGCAUGGAAAUGUAAAUCACCCAUAAAUGAAAUAUGUUCUUAGGAAAGUCUCAGUUGACACAUAAUGUAUUAUUUUGAUAUAAUUAAGUAGCAGGUGAAAACCAAAAAAGAAAGUAUAUCCCAAUUUAUUCCUCAACUGAUUCUUUUAUGUAAGCUAUUUAUUCCUGCUAAUUGGUCUCUUCAGGAUGGUGGUAUCUGUUGAAAGAAGAAGCAUCUGUUCCUUCUUUUUUCCACUUUCUCCUUAACCCUAAUCUACAUGUGUUGAUACAUAUAGAUUAAUAAAGGACUGGCCAGCUAAUAUACUGGCUGAUAUAGUGAUCAUUUCUCCCUGUUUCUGUUGUUCAAGGUCCUACCUUUAUCUCCAGGAAGAGACACAAAGUGAACUCACUCAGCUGUGAGGAGCUUGUAGGAGGGGGCUUGUGUUUUGAUCUAGCCCACCGACCAAUCUAGUUAGCAAUUGACUUGUGUAGAUAAUGAAUGUGGAGAAAAAACAACAGACCAUUUAUGGAAAUAUUGUUGUAACAUUUUUAUUUAAAAUAUUCACACCUCACUUUUAUUUUCUACAUUAAGUGGCUUCUUUCACUUUAGUAGGCCAAUGCAUCUUUCUAAGUUUACUUGGUGAUGGUUCUGUCUAGCUAAUUCUUUCAAUUCAUUAUGCCUAGGUACUGCAAGGGGAUGACCCUACAUGAAUUUGCUGAAAUUCUUAAGCAUAGUCGGGUGAGUUAAGGUUGAACUUCUAUCCUUAACUCUCAAAUUUUCUUGUAUUUGUGGGUUUUAAGUUAUUCCUGUAAGACACAAUAGUUUUUGCCUACAUGUAUCAAUUUUUGAUAGGUGACUAGUGAUAUUGGGAAGUGUGUCACUGAAACCUUUUAUAGGGAAUUCUAGAAAGUGCUGCGUCAAUAGCCUCUGAACAUCCAAAUCCUUCAAAGUGCAUCACAUCACUCCCUGAAUCACAAGUCAUGUCUAGAAAUGGAUAUUGCACAGUACCAUACGGGUCACAAUUUUAAAAUAACUUUCUCAGAAAUUUUGACAGUGUUAGUUUAUAAUACAAAGUUUGCACUGGGCUUCUCCAGAUACGUAAUGAUGCAACCUGUGACACACCGAAGUGAAUGCAGCCAACCCUGACAUAUAUUUUGUGGUGCCAGAUGCUUGACAACCCUUUAAUUUGUGCAAUCUCUGGCAAGCAGCUAAACCAGGAGGCUUAUGAAACUGCAGUAUGUGACUGGUAGACCACAAGUGCAGGCCUGCUUUAAUGUGAUUCCCCCGCUGAUGAAACUAAAAAUGGUUUAUGUAACAUGAGGAAGUAGCCAAGAAAUCAAAUGCAGAAUUCUUACCUGAUUAUAGUCCUUAAAAUCAGUUUUUCAAGACAGUUGUCAUCCAGCCAUGUUUUAAAAAACAAAGCUGUUACUAUUUCAAGAUAGCUCAGAAGUAUUUAUGUUCAAAUCUUACAAGUAUAACUUAAAACCUGCAACUACAAGAACUCCUAUUUAAACCGUCCCUUAACUUGCCCAUUUUGCUUAAGAAUUGUAGGAUGCUUUCCACUGCUUUGGCUAUCUACAAACCCAAGACAUGGCACUGAACAAAUGGGGGAAAUCGACUAAUGCUGAGACUUGCUAUGAAGUUUUUACAAUGGGGUGCACUGUUGUAUCGCAAAACAAGAUGUGAUGCUUGACUGGCCAAUAUGUUGACCUAAAUAUGCUAUGUUUACUCUUAAAUGAACUACAAAUAUAAACUUCAAAAUCUUUUUUUCUAUCUAAUGAAAACUCACAUUUUAUUAAAAAACAUUCAGGAGGCACUCAUAACCCCAGUUGCUUGGAAGAAAACCCCAUGAAUUUCCAUUGGACUUUCUUCUGAGUAAACAUGUUAUUGUGACCCUAUCAGUCAUGUUGCAAGUUAUAUUAGCAAGUAUUUAUUACAAUUAUUUAUGGUACAAUACCAUACAUGCCUACUCUGAAAUAAUCUUUAUUGAAUUCAGUGAGACUUGCUUCUAAGGGUGUAUAGGAUUGCAGCCUUAAUGGCUUAAUACCAGUCUCUUGAUUUAUGUGUAGUAUUUAUGGUUUAUGUAGUAGAUGAAUGUAUUUGGGGAUCUCAUUAAUAAAUUUUAGCUAUGCACAAUAAUUCAUAUUAAAAGCUGUUUUUGGCUAAAACGAUCCUGUGGUAUUCCAAAGAAAAUCAUACUAAGUAUGAUGAUUCUUGUGGAAAAUACAUAUUAAUUUUGAACUUCUUUUCCUUAAAAGCAUUCUUGGACUCCGAAAAGAAGCUUUUUUCCCAUCGAAUAUUGUCAAGGGAUGAAUGUAUUGAUCCAUAUUCUAAAACUGGGAACCUUAGGUAUGUAUUGGGAUUGGAAUAUUGUUUGUGAAGCAUUUGGAGGGAUACUGCUGGAAAUGAAUAACAUAAUUUCAGUAUCUAACUACUUUUUUAAACUCCCCAACCUGCCACUCCUGGUCAUAAACAUCUCAAUGCCUUUUUAUUGUAAAGCAAUGGAGAUUAUAUCCUGCCCACAUUAACAGAAACUGAUAAGAAAAUAGAUUGCCAUUGCUUUUGUUUUUCUAUAACUAUUUGCAUUUGAAGUGAAUUUCAGGUGGCAGGAAUGAGAGUUAGAAUUAUUUAUAGGAGUGCAUCUUUUUUCUGCCCUUGAAUUCCCUGACCCGAACGUCUUUUUUUAAAGCUACUUCAGUUCCAAUGGAGGUUACUUUGUGUCAUGGAGCUCAAUCAGAACAAGAAUAUGUUGUUGUUUUUAAGGUUGCUUCAGGGAGAAACCAUGGGUGAUGGAAGGGUUCAGCUCCGCCCAUUCACACCAUGCUUUAAAUCUCCCCCUUCCUCCCCCUCCCCUUCUGCUUUUGUAGGGAUUUGGCAUGACUGGGGUUGGGCGUGCUGCCAUCAUAUCUAUUUUGACCUUGGGAACUGCAGAAUAGGAGCCUGUUCAGGUGUUACACUCUACACUUGUGCACACCCACCCACAGCAGAACAUCCCCCAGGUAUUUCAGUAGAAAUCUCCCCUGCCCUGGAUAUAAGCCAUUUUUGUUUAGUAUAUUCAGUAUCUAGGAAAACAGAGAGCCUGCGUUCAAAUAGGCUCAGCAUCUUUGGCCGCAGACAUUAUCUUCAAGAUUUGGCAAGCGGAUUGUAGCAGAAAUGCAUGAACCCAAUGAUUCCUUCAGUCUCUCUGUGUAGAGCUGGUAGUGGGGAGUAAUUUAUUACAGGCCCUAAGAAAACUAUGCAACUAAGCAGGACUUGUCUCCUAGAUGGACAGAGCUGUGUUGGAUACAUCAGUGUAGCAGGAUCUCUGACCUGCCUGACAAAUCGAUAGAAACAGAUUUUCAUGGGUAAUAGGUCUAUUUUAAAUCUCUUAUACAGCAUGAUUGAAUGUUACGCUGUUUCUAUAUGUACUGCACAUAUCAAAGCUUUGAGUAUGAAACUGUUACCUUUACCAUCCAAAGAAGCUGAGUCAUAGUAUUUUGAUUCCUUUAUAAAAAUAAAAUAAAAUAGUGCAGUUUUGUGCUCCUAUUGCAUAUCCAACAUUUCUGUCAUAAACAGCUGCACCCUAACUUGAAAAUUCUAAUGGCAUUCAAAGUUAAAGCUAUUGGGGGGGAUUAUAAGACAAUUCUAUCGUUUUGUCCAGCCUCACUCAUACCACUAGGUGGUGCCUGACACUACUUUGUUAAUCACAUAAUAUAGCUUAGUUGAAAGCAGUGAUUGAUUGAAUUGUUUUCCAGGUGGCAGAGUUACAGGUGAUGCUUUCUACUGCCCAUCUUCGUAACAGCUGAUUAUUUAAAAAAAACCAUUCUUGGUGGAUCUGAUUUUUAUUUUCUGUGCAUUUAAAAGUGAAGGACUUGUGUAUGUGUAUAUAUAUUUAUUUAUAUAUAUCUAUGUCAGUUCAAUAUCAGGGUUUGUUUUCUUUCGUCAGCUUCUGGACAGUUUUAAGCAAAACUGAUAAAUAUUAAUCAUUGUGAUGAUACAGAUGAAAUGGUAGUUGCUUUAAGAAAACAAACUGAUAAUGUAAAGGACUGUAAUCAAUAUGUGAAUUUAGAAUGUCUUCCUAUUUUAUAUCUUUAUUUAGAUAUGCCUUAAUAUGAAUCAUUUUAAAGAGUUCUCUAAUCAGUCCAUUUCACUUAAUCUUUCUCCUGUUUCUAGAAACUUAUUUCCUUGUGGUGAUUCCAUGGUUUGUAUUAUUGAUGACAGAGAGGAUGUCUGGAAAUAUGCACCUAAUUUGAUAACUGUGAAGAAAUACGUAUACUUUCAGGGCAUAGGCGAUAUUAAUGCACCGCCUGGAUCAAGGGAAGUUCAAAUGAGAAAAACAGGUAACAUGUUUUUUCGAUAACAUGGUAUUUUUAAACAAUUCAUUAACUAAUCUUAAAACAGUUUUUCAAAACCAGUAGAAGUGAGGAUUUCAGGUUCAGAUUCCUUUUCAGUUUGACUACCUGAAUAGUUCGUGACUGGACUUAACUGUCAGGGGUCCUUUACCUUUACCUUUUACCAGAAUACUGGACCACCCUUAUUCAUUGUAUUUAUACUACUUCUCAGGCAGGUCUGCUGGGUCUAUAGAAUUUGUUGCACUGUUACACAGCAUUUGGGAGAAUCUCAGUACACCAAGUUGCCUCAAGUUGAAAUCAAAUUUAAAAUCACAAGUUGCAUUCUCCAAAGAUACAUCCUUUAAUUGGAGCACAACAUUAUUUAACACAGGGUUAGGGCCCCUCUUGCUUGCCUCCUGUGAAGACGAUACAAUACUGUAUCAUCUUUUUCCAUGGGGAAAAUGUUCCAUUACUAAAAUUGCUUUUAUUCCAUAAAACUUAACAGUUUGAUGCAGUACAAGUCAAAGUUGGCAGUUUAAAAUAGUUUGGAAGAGCAAAUUAGAUAUUAUAUUAAGCAUGACUCUUAUGGGUCCUCCCCCCCCUCAAUUUUUAAAAUAGCAGCUCCUAGGGUAGGGCAGGGUUUAAAAUCUUUCCUAUGCUGUUUUACCAUAAAAUAUCAGCAUACUCCAAACAACCAUUUUUUCCCCUGAAGCUGUCAUUGACUGCAGUACUGCAGUAUUACCUGACCUGUGGGCAGGGAGAGAUUUUUGUUGGGAAAAAUGAGCCCUGGAAGGUCUUCAACCCUAUGGUCCAAAUAUGAAUCCCUCUACCCUAUAGCUGCUAUUUUAAAGGAGGGCAAAAACAAAAAACACAGACUUUUAAAAUGUCUAUUUUACCCCUCAGUCACAAGCACAACCAUGAAGAGGAUAAAGUGUGAUAAAUUGCCCACAGGCUAGUUGUUGUUAGAACCUUCCUUUAGUGAAAAUGAAUGUGACUUGGAAUACUGUAGUUCCAAAUCAGUCUCCUCAGCCUAAACAAAAACUAACAAGUAGUGUAAGCAUGCUUUCAGAUGGUGACCGUGAAACUAAAGGUGCCUUUAGUGGAAGUUAAGCUCAAUUGAAGUAGCUUAGUAGACAGUAGUACAUCCAUGUGUAGUUAUCUGGGUGUGCUAAAAUUAGAAUAUUAACCUUUUUGGUACCUUUGUUUUCCUCCUUAUAUUAUUUUAAAGCCAGACAUGCUGUAUCAGAUCUAUUUUAAGGCAGUUGUCUUCCAUUUCAAAACAUUACAGACCCCCCCCCAUUAAAAAUAUUGCAGCUUAUGGCCUCAGUUGCAGCCAUGGAUGUUUGUGCCUGGAAUCCCGAGUAUCAAUAAAGUCUGAAAAGACAAGUGUCCUUACUUCUCUAUUAAUGGCUUGUUAUUUGUUGCUUGUGUAAAGGGACCUCCCAUCUCCCCAUUCUUGUGCUAUUGUAAGCUUGUAAUCCCCCUCCAUUCAUUACCGUGUUAAGAGGAACUACGCAAUGACAGAACACACACACAAACCUUGCUGCUGCCACCCUGUGUGUCACACACAAGCUAGCCCUGCUUCACUUUUGCAUGGUGAGAGUGGAUGCCAGGGUGGUGGUGGGCAGGGUUACCCAGGCACAGGGUGCCAAAGGUGGGACACAUGUUGUGCCCUGUGACUUGGUACGUCAAGCUGUGUUUGAGUGAUAUGUUGUAAUAGGAUGUUCAACCUUUUUUUCAUCCUCUGAAACAAUUGAAUCUCCAUGCUACAUAUGUAAGAUUUUGAGCAAGUUAUUUGUUGACCUAAAAAACAUAAGUGGAACCAUCAAUUAUUUCCCACCACCACCACCAACACAACCCCAGGCUUCUGGUUUAAAUAAAGAUAAGCAUAAUUGGAUUAAAUGUCUUUAGCUAUUAGGUCUUUUGUAUAUUUGUUACUAAGCAUUUUGACUUCAAAGACUGAUUCAUUUUAAUAUGCAUACAUAUCUCUUAAUUUAGCAAAUCAUUCUUCAAAAGUAACGGAGGCAUCGGACCCAGCAACAGCAACGGGAGACACUGAAGAAGCAAAGAACGUGGGAAAUGUAGACGAACAAAGCAAUGGCAUUCAAAAGUCUGCAAAUGAAGUAAACGGCAAUAACUCUGUCGGCAGUGAGACUCCAUCCUGGAAUUUGAAUUGCAAUGAUAAAGUUAGAGACACCUUAAGUGAUUCUAAACAUGGAAUGGAUGUUACUAAUGAUGUGAUGAGUGCCAAGGAAUCUCAUGUGUCUUCGGACGAUGAUAAUAGGACAGUUGUAGGCAAACAGCAGAUUCAAAACAAGAGUACAAAUUAUUUGGACUUUGAGUUGUCUAGUGAUAGUGAAAGUGACAGUGGGUUGGAUGCUAGGAAAUCCUCCUCCUCUUCUGCUACAGAUAGUGAAAAUGAAGGAAAGAGAAGCUGGAGGAAAUCAAAACAGCCUGCACUAGAGGAAAGUGCAAUGCCUCUGGUGGGAACUGAUACGAAUGUAGAAAAGGACGGACAGCUGAACCAUUCUGCUGACUCUGUAUCCUCACCUGGCAUCAAUCCACAUCCUAAGGCAUUCGAUCUGGAAGCUCAUGAAGAGAGUGAACAAGACAGCCUUUGUAGCCUAGGAAAUGGUUGCGUGGACAAGAAAGAGGCAGAGACAGAAUCUCAAAAUAGUGAGCAGUCUGGGAUAACUGUGGGAGAAUCUUUAGAUCAAAGCAUGGAGGAAGAGGAAGAUGACGAUACAGACAGUGAUGACCAUUUAAUAUAUCUCGAAGAGAUUCUUGUUCGGGUGCACACGGACUAUUACUCAAAGUAUGAUAAAUAUGUGAGAAAAGAAACAGAUGAAAUUCCAGAUAUAAGAAAAAUAGUGCCAGAACUGAAACGAAAAGUGCUGUCAGAUGUUACCAUAUUAUUUAGUGGAUUAUACCCAACCAAUUAUCCCAUAGAAAAAACACGGGAGCAUUAUCAUGCUACUGCACUUGGAGCUAAGAUUGCAAAAAAUCUAGUAUUGAAUGAAGAUGACCCCAAUAAGCCAACACACCUUAUUGCAGCAAGAGCUGGUAAGUAUGAGUAAAUCCAAAACAUGGGUUUGAACUAAGGCUCUGUGUGAAUAGGUGGUCAUACGAAGCGUCUAGCAAUGUAGCAAGCUUCUAAUACUGCUGUUCAGAUAUUUCUGUGCAUGAAUAUUUUAAGAAACCAUCAGGAUUCAGUUAUUUUGAAGAACAUUCAUACACUUUGAGAGCCAGUGUGGUGUAGUGGUUAAGAGCGGUAGAUUCGUAAUCUGGAGAACCGGGUUCGCGUCUCCGCUCCUCCACAUGCAGCUGCUGGGUGACCUUGGGCCAGUCACACUUCUUUGAAAUCUCUCAGCCCCACUCACCUCACAGAGUGUUUGUUGUGGGGUAGGAAGGGAAAGGAGAAUGUUAGCCACUUUGAGACUCCUUAGGGUAGUGAUAAAGCAGGGUAUCAAAUCCAAACUCCUCCUCUUCUUCUUCACUCCUCCUUUAGCCCAGGUUGUGUUUCUUGCCUCUCUUGGUAUCUAGAAAUGCGUAAGUUGUUUAUCUGAACAGUUGGCUAGGCCUGUCAGCAAAACUAUAAUGCUAUAUGCCUCUGUUGCACACAAAAAAAAUUAUCUUACCUUUGCAUCUGGAUCCUGAUUUUGUGAAAACAACUAAGACCUUACAAUUGUAGUCAUUGCCAUGUUACAGACUGCUUUAAAUGCAUGGGGAGAAUGUUAAAAGCAUCCAAGCUGUGUUCUUAAAUCCCGCUGAAUUCAGCACCUAAUCCCUGUAAACUGUUCUCAGUGCUGAUUUAUUGAAAAGCCUUUCUGUCACCUAUGCUAAUGUUUAGCUGUUUUAAAUAGGCACAGAAAAAGUACGGCAAGCUGAGAACUAUAAAAAUCUCCAUAUUGUAAAUCCAGACUGGUUAUGGAGCUGCUUGGAGCGUUGGGACAAAGUAGAAGAACAACUGUUUCCUUUGAAGGAUGAUUACCUUAAAACACAAAGGUAAAAAGUAAUGUUUUAUUAUUUAAAUAAUACACUUGAGUUUAAAAUCCUAUGGGGCUCACGGUUAAUAUCCAUUCUUACAAAUAGCUGAAAGAGAAGAUCCCAGUUAAACAGGGUUAUACAGUAAAGAGAAAGGCGGUCCUUCGGAUAACCUUAACCCAAGCCAUUUGUUUAGAACUCAACAGGUCAGAACCUGCGCUUUGAAUUGUCCCUGAAAAUAAAUAAGCAGACAAUGCAGUUGGUACAAAAAGAGGUUAACAUGAGCCAGAUGUAAGAAGCCUAAACCACCUGGUCUUCAAAGGCAGCUCCAUAGAGCAUGUGGAAUAAUCAAGAUGAAGUGACUUAAGGCAUAGAUCACCAUAGCAAGACAAGAAGGUUCCAGAAAGGGGCACAGAUGGUGCGUCCAUCUUAAUUUUGCAUAGGCAUUCCUGGCCACAGCUUGAACAGCCAGGUCUGAGCCUAGAUCCAAGAGCACCACAAACUUAGGAGCAUUUUGUUUUAAUCUUGUUUUUACAUUCGCAUAUGAAAACUACCCAGAACCGAUAGGUAGAGCUAGUGCUCCAUUCCUAUAAGCACUUCCUUAGUAAUAACCCCUCUUAUAUGUGCAUAAACAUUCAUAAGCUGUAUGGAUUAAAGAGUGCCAUUGCAUAAUUAAUGCUGCCAGACAUGUGUUGUUUCCAUGAAUGGGCAAGACUUUUCUUCGGCCAAUAUCAAGCUGGGUAUUACAUAAAUUGCAUUAUGUUUUACUAGGUGGAGUAAGGAUACUUCAGACCAGCUCCAUAGUUUCAGUAGGAUGGAUAUGUGUGCAUGUUUUCUAUAGUUGGAAAUAUUGCUUUGAUGUUAUUUAAUGUAAAUAACAGGUUUUGUUUGGUGCGCUCUAAUAAAAUCUGAUCCAAAAGACUGAAUUCUUGUGGAAAUAAUUGCUGUUUUACAGCUGAGCUAUGAAUGUGGAAAUCUUUAGAGAUAAUGAGAACAUUUUUAAUGUACAGUUCUUUGUAUCAAUGUAGAAGGGGUCUGUGUAGUUCAGUCUAAAUUAGGGUUUCCAUCACUGCACUAAGCCAUAGUUUGGCACAGCCACGGGUCCCAUUUUCAGACCGAGGGCCACAUUACUUUCUAGGCAAAUUUCUGGGGGCCACAUGCCAGUUCUGGGUAGGGCCAAAGGCAAAAGUGGACUGAGCAGUUAAUGUAAUUUUUACCUUUGUACAGUGGGCUUGAUGUUCAUACACCCCUCUCUAUACUCCAGGAAAGCAUGAGGCAUUAUCAGAGUUCAGGGUCAUAUUUCAACCUGAUGCUAACAAUCAAGGAGGGUGUGGAGCUGGACCAGUAGGGAGUGGGUCCUGAGGAGCAGAUGCAGCCUAGGGAGAGUCCCAAAGACCAGACAGAGAUACUUGUGGGGGCUGCAUAACUCCUCUUUUAAGGUUCCCCAUCCCUAAUUUAGCAUUAUGUAGCCAGGAUGUGUGUUCUAAAACUAACUAUACAUUAAGAAAUGGUGCUUUUCUUUUUGUGAAUUUUGGAUAAGGACCCUCACUUUAUUUAUUUUUUAAUGACCUAAUGGUGGAAUACCUAGAAGUUUUCUGACACAACUCAAGAAGUUUUUGCCAGUGUUUACAUCGCUGAUGAAUUUUAUUUUCUACAUUUUUUUACUUUUCUGUUUUCCAGAAAUGUUGCUGAUCUAUGGUUGAAAGUUCAAACCCACUAUGUAUACUGUGGGCCAACUUUGGCAAGUGGGCAGGACCACCCACCUGUCAAUUAUCUGGCAUCAUCAUGACACUAGAUGAUCGUCAUAUGUCAGCAAGUUAGCCUGCUGGAGUGGGAAAAGAGAGUUCAAAGGGCUUUCUCAGCCCUUUGCACAGUGCUAUCCAAAUGUGCAACGGCCAGUUGAUUGUCAGACACUGGGAAAUGCUGCAAACUUCCCUGUGUUAACACUUGGGAAGUUCUGGGCACAAUGCUGUGCUGAUUGUUGGGUGCUUGGGAAGCACUGUGCAAGGGGCUUUGCAGGCCCUGCAAAUUAGCAGCACUUGCAAAGCACUUUUCAGCCAAGCCCUGCACUUACUUGCCCCACAUUUGACAUAUGCCCCAUACCUGCCCCUUUAUGACAUCAGGUGUAGGGCAGGUGGGACAGCGCUGGACUAAAACAGUCAGGAGAGAUGUGGUGGGCCAAGUGUGUGCGUGUGGUUAUUUUUAUAUACUGUACAGUAUACAUAUAUGUAUGUAUUUAUGUGUGUAUAUGAGGAAUGUUGACUGCUAACUUAAGUCUUUUAAACAUUUCAUCUAACAGAGAGUACAGUCCUGCCAUGUUUCCAGAUAUACACAGUGCUUUCCAGACUGCUCUUUUCCACCCAACUCCCAUUCAUCCCAAGUGUCAGCCUGGUCCUGAAGUUCGGCUUUAUGAUCCCAACACCGGAAAAUUAAUUAGGAAAGGAUCUCAAAGCUCCAGCCAGUCUUUGUAUAUUCAAGCACCAGCUCCUCCUCUCUCUCUGCCCGUCCAUGGGGAACAUUCCUUAUUCAGGUAGAUGAACAUAACAUUUCAUAAAUCAUUUUCAAGUUUUGUUUGGCAUUAAUAUUUUAAACAAGAUUGUGAAAGAAUAAUCCCAAAUGUGUUUUUCUCUUGCAAUAGGUGCUCUUGAGUCCAUGUGUGACACUACAUUUUUCCUAAAGAAAAGUGUAACACAGAUGUGGCUAACCUUUUUCACCUGGCUGCAUUCACCAUUGGGCAGUUGGGGGUGGGGUGCGUAUAGCACAUGCCAAUGGUGUGUGUGGCCACUUCACACCAUCGCAUACACAAAAUAUGCACUAUUGGGGUAGCCACAGGGAUACACACAGAGAACUUCCCUCCUUAGCUGAUCCCUGCCAUCAGCUGAGCAGGGUGAGGCAAUGUUCCCUCUGUACUUGUUGAACAAUUGAAGUGAUGAACUGGAAUGAUAAACAGUGAGGUGCUUUGUAUCCCAAUCAGGGUGCUGGAUUCUGCCUACCCCAGCUCCAUAUUUACUUAAAAUAAAUAAAUCUUUCUGCCACUGCUGCCAAACUCAGUGGAGCCUUAGAAACCAGAAAAGGUAUGUGUGUAGGGGUCAAGUCCCCCAACAGGAUUAGCCACUUGUAAUAUAAAAGUAGGGAAACAAGAAUCCCUCUUCACCCUCUCCCUUAUUGUGGUUACUUCUGGCUCAAUGGUGUAACGUUGGAAAAUGUCAAUCACUUCUCCUACCUAGGCAGUUAUCUUUCCACAAGGGCCAACAUUGAUGUCAAAAUCCAGCAUCGCCCGAGCUCUGUGAGUGUGGCUUUCUCCCGGUUGAAGUGCAGAGUGUUUGAGGACCGGGACAUUUGCAGGGAAACCAAAAUGCUUGUUUACAAAGCUGUUGUACUACCAACCUUACUAUAUGCUUGUGAAACGUGGACCAUUUAUAAACACCAUCUCCAACUCCUCAAAAGAGUCCAUCAGUGGUGUCUCUGAAAAAUUUUACACAUCACUUGGGAAGACAAGAGAACUAAUAUCAGUGUACUGGAAGAAGCAGAGAUCACCAGUGUUGAAGCAAUGAUUCUUCAACAUCAGCUUCGUUGGACUGGUCAUGUUGUGCAGAUGCCUGAUGAUUGUCUUCCAAAGCAACUACUCUAUUCCGAACUUAAAAUUGGAACGCGUAAUGCUGCUGGUCAACAAAAGAGGUUUAAAGACUGUCUCAAGGCAAAUCUAAAAAAAAUGUAGUAUAAACACUGACAACUGGGAAUCACUGGCCUGCAAGCACUCCAGUUGGAGGACAGCCUUUACCAAAGGUGUCAUGGGCUUUGAAGACACUUGAACUCAGGAUGCAAGGGAGAAGCGUGCUAGGAGGAAGGCACGCUUGGCAAAUCCACACCAUGAUCAACUCCCGCCCAGAAACCAAUGUCCCCACUGUGGAAGGACAUGUGGAUCCAGAAUUGGUCUCCACAGUCACUUACAGACUCAUUGUUAAAACUAUGGUUAUGUAAAACAAUCUUACUUGGCUACGAGUGAUCGCCAAAGAAGAAGAACUUCUGGCUAAGCACAUUUAUAUUAUCCAAAACAAAUUACAGUGGGGCUGAACACUUUUUAACAUAAUGUUGUUCUGUUCUAAUGCUUUAGAAAAAUUGGAUCCAUUUUUAGUGGCAAAAAACAUAGGCUUCCUUUGGGGUCUGUGUUCUGGUGGGGUGAGAGUCCCAAGUGAGGUGGCUAUAGUAAAGGUAAAGGGACCCCUGACCAUUAGGUCCAAUCACAGACGACUCUGGGGUUGCAGCGCUCAUCUCGCUUUAUUGGCCGAGGGAGCCAGCACACAUCUUCCGGGUCAUGUGGCCAGCAUGACUAAGCUGCUUUUGGUGAACCAGAGCAGCACACAGAAACGCCGUUUACAUUCCUGCCGGAGCAGUACCUAUUUAUCUACUUGCACUUUGAUGUGCUUUCGAACUGCUAGGUUGGCAGGAGCAGGGACUGUUUCUACAUUUGAAAGAAGACAGGUUCAAACUUUUACCUAAUUUGUCUGUGGGAGAACAAGUGCUACUGUGAAAAUCAGGGUCAUGAGUGGCUCACUCUUUCUGCAUUUCUAAUUGAUAAAGCUUUGACAUUGCCUUCAGAAGUCUUUGAAGUGUGGAAAAGGGAAAUCCAUAUUGAGCAACAUGAAGAAUGGGGCAAAGUUUUCCACUGUAUGAGUUUUGAAAUGGAUCUGUAUUCCAAACUGAAUCUAUCCUGACAUUCUAUUCAGUUCAGAUCAUAACAGUUAUGUAAUACAGAGCUUUUGAAUCUUUUUUCAGAGUUGUUCAACCACACCAACAGCUUUUUGAUGAAGAGGAGAUGCCAGCAAGUGAGAAUGAAGAGCCUGGCCCAUCUAAACGGAAACGCCAGCCAAGUAUGUCUGAAACAAUGCCACUAUACACUCUUUGUAAAGAAGAUUUAGAAAGUAUGGAUAAAGAGGUGAGUUCGAUUGUGUACUGCUGAGUAAUUAAGUGACAUGACACGUUUUUAGUGCAAUAGAGAUAUCCAAGCACCUCUAGGGUAUGGGAAGAUGAAGAGUGACAGUUAGGCUCAAAAAUGAGAUUUUUAAUUUCAAUUGAUAAACUGGUUUAUCUUAAUGCUUCAUCUGGAACUUGAAUGUGGAAACAUUAUCUGUUUCUUAGCAUAACUUACAUUUUAUAUUCGUUCAGAGGGAAUUUGACUGCACAGUUUGAUUGCAGUUACAGUGGUGCCCAGCAAGACGAAUGCCUCACAAGACGGAAAACCCGCUAGACGAAAGGGUUUUCCGUUUUGGAGGUGCUUCGCAAAACGAAUUUUCUAUGUGCUUGCUUCGCAAGACGAAAAUGUCUUGCGAGUUCCUGCGGGGUUUUUUCCUUUCCCCCCCCCUUUUUCCCAAGCCGCUAAACCGCUUAUCAGCUGAUCGGCUAAGCCGCUUAACAGCUGAUCGCUAAGCCGCUUAUCAGCUGAUCGUUAAGCCGCUUAUCAGCUGAUCCGCUAAGCCCGCUAAGCCGCUAAUACUGUAGCGCUAAUCCGCUAAACCGCUAAUGGGCUUGCUUCGCAAGAUGAAAAAACCCGCAAGACGAAGAGACUCGUGGAACGGAUUCUUUUCGUCUUGCGAGGCACCACUGUACUACCCAGUGUUUCCUACCUGAGGCUCAUCUGUAUAUAUUUGGUUACAUGUAACAUACUGCAGAACAUGUAAUAGAUAUUAAAUAUUUUAAUUGUAUAGUUACUUAAUAUCUGGCCCUGCUUUCCUUUCCCGGCAAGAAAUAACACUUUUUAUAUGUGUAGCAGAUAUGAAAUGAAAGUUGAAUAUUAUGAAGUCUUAUUCUGAAACGUAUACACUCAAAUGAGAUGAAGUUGAGCUAUUUCUUGAAAUACCUUGAUUCAUAGAUUUUUUCUUUUAUCUCAUUUUUACCCAAUAAUAUUUUUGCUUCACACUUCAGAACUUAUCACUGCAAUUCCUGAAGUUGAAACACAAUUAGAAAUGAAAUCCAGGGACUCUCUAUAAUCUUAGCAGAUACACUAGAGCCUCAGUGGCACCUGCAGCCCAUAGUUCAUGCAGUGUUCUUAUGAGGGAUGCCCUUUGUAUCCCUUCAGCCUUAUGAUGGGGAAGUCAAACUUUUGUAUUUGGAUGCUAAAGGAUAGUGGGGAAAUUGGAGGUUUCUUCCUUAGUUUUAACUAAUACUGAUUUUAUUUUGCAUAUGUGUGUGUCAGAAUUGCUUGCUCCAGAGAAUGUCAUUUCUUUUUUUCCAUCUACUCAGCUUUUAUUCUCUGUAUGAAUUGUAAAAAUGUUAAGUCCUGUAUAGGCAAUUACUAAGAAUAGCUGCAAUCUGCAUAAGCAUUUUUUAAAUAAAUAGUGGCUGGAUCCCCUGCUGCUAUGGAGAAACUGCUAGCAGCCUAUAAUCUGAAGAUGAAUAACUCCCCAAGAACCACACACUGUUUACUUUAAUAGUUGAAUAAAAAUUCCCCCAUAAAUGGUCAAGUCCUUACAAGUUUUUGCAGAGGUACAUUAGUUCUGAUAGCAGUAAUCGAAAGCACUGCCUCAACUUGUCUUUAUGUUCACACACAUCAAAUGUGCUGGAUGUUUCAGCCUGUUUUGGUCUCCUGCUGGUCCAUUUGCUGGAGGCAGAAUGGACUUGCGACCUACAUGGAUGCUUUCCCAGAAUGUAUGUAGAAUUGUACUGGGGAGUAUUGGCUGAUUCUUAUAACGUGUCCCAGUCUUAAGGUGCCCUAAAACUUAGAAUUAGUUGAAAUGGAGAUUCCCAUGAUAUAUUUGCAUUCCCUAAGACAUAGUAAAACAGGAAUAGUUGAAGUUUCAGCUGGAGGACUGCAUUCCCUUGUGGACAAUGUGGGAACUGCAUGCAGGUAGGAGACAGAGUCAGAGAUGCAACUGGGCAGAACACAAGAUUGGCUUUUGUCUCUGUCCAAUAGAUUACAACCAGGCACCAAAAGUCAGAGGCUUCUGCAUCCACCCACACUUCUAUGCACUAUUCUGGCAAAUUAGAGUCAUCAUUAUAGUUCAAUGGCAGUAUAACAUGCCUGGAAAAGAAAGAAGAUUUCUAGGAACCUCGUUUUAGUUUGCUUUGAAAGUUAUCCCACUCUGUAUCCUACAAAGCAGACCUAGACAGUAUGCACUUGUUUCUUCUUAUCAAGAUCCUUUUCUCUGUAUCAAAAGGAAACUGCUUGUUGAUUUUUAGCAUCCCUGAAGAGCACAGGAAAUCAAAGUGUAACCUGCAACAAAAUGUUUGCAUUCUGCUCCUGAAGAGGAGUGCUUCAAGAUUCCAGUCAUUCUGGAACAGCAGCUAUGUAGCGGCACAUGCUUUUUGCCCCUAACUCCACCCAAUCUCUAGUCUGCCCAUCCCUUUCUCUUAUAUAAAAAUAAGAGUGUUUCUAGUUCUGAGAUUCUUUCCUUUGUCUACCUACAGGAGGCUUAGGAAUUCAUGUUACCACCAGAUCCCCGUAAAAGGUGUAUUGACACCUGAGUGGUUGAAAUAAAUUUCUGGGUCCAGGCUGGUGUUUUCCUCCCCAGGAGCAGCUGCACCAUUGCCUCCUUCAAGGCAGCAGUUUGUCAGGUUUGCAUACCUGUUUAAGGUAGCAUCACCAGUUCAAGUUUUGCGUGUUUGUUGUCAGCACCAAGAGUCUUCACAAAAGUAUUCCACCUCAGGUAGAAAGGUGUUUUUAGUUUACCACCUCCUGAGGUUCCCUUCGAGGUAGAAAGCCUACAAGACAUUCAGCACACUUUCAACACUAGAAUUCCACAGCUUCCUAGUUAAGAAAUAAAAAGCCAUAUCCUGCCCUCUCAAUACCUUAGGGCCGUAAUGGACACAGCCUAAGCCCAGGUAGUCCUGUCUCCAAAAAGGUUAAUGAACCUGUGUCCCGGCAUUUCUUCUCAGACUGCCAGAAUAUCAGCAGACCUAAUAUCCUUGUUACAUUCACUAAGCCUCAUGGCUUCUUGUCUAGCCAUCCUGCCUUUGGUUUACAGUUACUCCAAUGGCUCCACCACCACCACCAGAAGACCAUAGCACAGAACAGUCACUUUCCAGUGUCCUGCCAUGCCAACUCCACUCUGUUCUCCAGUGGUAGCUGAACCCCGCCAACCUAACCACAAGCACCCGCUUGCAGUAGCCUCCCUUGGUCAUCCUCAUGGGUGCCAGCCUUGAGGGCUGCGGAGCUCAUUACCAGAACCCUAUGUCUCAAAGGAACUUAGUCUCCCUCAGAGGCCAAGAGCAGUAUCAGCUGGCAAUAACUUUGAGCAGUCAAGUUACCACCUGAAACCUUUCAUUCUCUAAUCCACCAACACAUCCUAUGAGCCUAUGGGGUAACCAACCUGGUUCCCUUCAUAGAUUGUUAGACUCUAACUCCUAUCAGCCAGUAUAACCAAUACAGUGGUACCUCGGGUUACAUACGCUUCAGGUUACAUAUGCUUCAGGUUACAGACUCCGCUAACCCAGAAAUAUUACCUCGGGUUAAGAACUUUGCUUCAGGAUGAGAACAGAAAUUGUGUUCCGGCGGCAGCAGGAGGCCCCAUUAGCUAAAGUGGUGCUUCAGGUUAAGAACAGUUUCAGGUUAAGAACAGACCUCCAGAAUGAAUUAAGUUCUUAACCCGAGGUACCACUGUAACCAGAAAUGAUGGAAGGUGGCUUUCAAUGACAUCAGUAGUGUACCAUGUGGGCUCUAGAGGGAUCAGGUUUUGGGAUGGCUGCAAUUCCUUUUCCUAUAAUAUUGAGUGGUGCAGGGACAGUUAUGGCUCUUGGAGUGUGAGUGAAAAUCUCAAAAAUAAAAAUCAUUUGUAGGCACCUGCUUAAUUUUUGCCUUUGAAUAACAAAAGUGAGGGGGGUUGUUUAAGUGUGUUGAUGGAAAUGCCCUGCCCCCCCCCCAAUCUCCCUAAUAUAUUUCAAAAAAUCUGCUUGGCACUAGGUGUUGAGUGACAUGACUAUCUGCUCCCAAUGUUUUGUUUGGGAGAAGAGGAUGUUUUGUUGCCUUUUCCCCCUUUGUGUCUUCCUUGUAGUGGUGGAGAGACUGCUAUGUUAAAGUUACUGGUAUAAUAUAAAAAGCCAGCCUGAGAGCUCUGGAGAUAGAGGCAAUACAAGGAAGAAAAGACUAGAAAUUAGUUCAGAUUCUAUUAUUAUAAAGCGUUUGACUGAGAGGAUGCUAUACUUCUUAAGUCUGUAUGUUAGAUGCCUGUGUAGCUGAAGUAAGCUUUGGAAUGUUCUCAUGAAUGCUGGAGGGACCUCAGUUCUUAAACUGCAUGUGGAAAACAGAUCACAUUUAGUGAAACCACCCUCUCGUUAAAAUGGCAGAAUGGUUGAAUGCAUGUUAAAGAGUAAGGUGCAAUUUAGCACAACCAAGAAGACACUAUUAUUUUUUAUUUAUACAUAAGUUCACUUCAAGGAUGUUAGUUAUUUCUGUACUUGCAUUUCAAGUGCUGGAGGAAUACAUUGGGCGCCAGCAUGUCUUGUAACUGGUUUCCAUCCUCGGGUAUGCAGACAUUAACAUUAAGCACUUCUGCAGGAGCAUUUAUUCAGGGAAAGGCAGAAAAUACAGAACUUUGCAGUUUCAAGCAACAUGAAUUAUCUUCCACCACACCUUCUCUAUCGACAGUGUAUUGCUAUGCUCUAAUCAACAUACAUGGUGGGCAUGGACCUCAGUUCUGGUAGCAAAUAUUUAUUGAAAUAGAAGCAAUUACCAAACAAAAUGCCUUUGAAUGUCCACAGCUGGCACUGCUCAAUCUUUUCAUGGGAGGUACUUACAGUUUAAAGCAGGCAUAGGCAAACUCCGGCCCUCCAGAUGUUUGGGACUACAAUUCCCAUCAUCCCUGACCACUGGUCCUCUUAGCUAGGGAUGAUGGGAAUUGUAGUCCCAAACAUCUGGAGGGCUGGAGUUUGCCUAUGCCUGGUUUAAAGCUUUAAUAAGGUUUGUAAUAACAAGAUGCAGCAAAAAUUUGGAGAAUGCUUCGCGAUACACAAAUUUAAUAAAUAAUAAUAAAGUUUGUCUGGGGAAAGAGUGGCUGGGGAAACUCAGCCAGAUGGGCGGAGUAUAAAUAAUAAAUUAUUAUUAUUAUUAAAUAGCACUUGUCUAACAAAAUAAAAUUGGCACUAGGUUUAAAGGAUAAAGACUCUUUUAGAAUUGAUCAGUACAGCUUUUUUAUCUACCUGACUAAAAUGAAACAUAUAAUACUUUUUGGUUAACGUAAACUACAUUCUUGUCUACACAAAUGGUUGUGUGAGAUAACUACUUAAUUGGUUUUGGGGACAUUACUUUGGAUGUAUUGUAUUUUAUGUGUGUACAAUGUUGUAUGUUGUACUCUAAUAAAACAUUUUUUUUGUUAAGAAUCAUAGUAGCUGCUUUUCAUUUAGGGUUAAUGGAAAAUUUCUUAGAUCUCAUUACACAAUUCCACACUUUUCUUUUCCUCAGUAUGACCUCCAGUUGUAUUUAAUCAUAGCAGCAAAUAAUGUUUUUCGCCAUUGCCUAAACGUACAACAUGGAAUUACAAGUUAUUGUAAACAUUUCUCUCCAAACAUAUAUUAUUAUAUCCCUGUUCUUUUAGCUUUGGAUACUUUUAUUACUUACAUUAGAAAAUAUGUGUUAGAUGUUAAUCCAUAUAGAGUAUCAGUCAUAUCAAGCUCUAGAAUGUGGACACAGGCUUUUUUGUCUCAGUAGUCCAAUCCUAAGCACAUUUAUUCUGAAAUUUUAUUGAAGUCAGAGGAGGUAACUUCAUAGUACGUAUAAUUAUGAUUGCAGCAUCAAUGGGAUACCAGUUUAGACAAAUACCUCCUACUUGCUGUGCUAGUUUGCUCUGUCAAUCCAAAAAAUAUGGUGCUUUGAAGUUUUUCUGUCUUUGAUUCAAGCAUUCCUACAACCUGAAAGAAAAGGAUGCUUUAGAAGUUGUGGAUAAAACUUUUAAAGAGCUUUUUCAGAUUCAUCUCUCACUACAUAUAUUUUCUGGUUCUCUCUCUCUUUAUAUAUAUAGGUCUCUAUAUAGGGGGUAGAAUUCUCACUCUAUCCCGUCAUAUACCGUACUCUUCCUUUUUCACGAGUUCUAUUAAUAUUAAACAACUAUGAUUUGGAAGUAGUCAGUCAUUAUUUAUUGAUGCCCCACACAUCAACAAGAACAUGUGCAUAUUGAAACUUCUGUAGCUUUCCAUACGCAGUAUUGGGGCAAAGUUGUGAUUUAAUUUAAUUCAGUUUUAUCCAAUUUAAAACAUUAAAUUAAAAUGCAAGUACUCUUUUCUCACAGAUGUAAUUGCUCAGUAUUCUAUUCUCAUUUGACUGUUGCAUUAAUUUAUGUAUUGCCUUAUGCUGCCCUGAGAAGCUUGGAAUUUUAAAAGAUGCAUCAGAAAGUCAUUGAUACGGAUAGGCAGUCAUUGUGCAAUUGUUCUGCUAAACUGUUGUGUCAUUAUUAAUGCUUGAUCAUUUGGCAGGUUGAUGACAUAUUGGGAGAAGGCAGUGACGACAGCGACAGUGAAAAAAAGAAGACAGGAGAUGGAAAGGCAGCACCACAGAGUAAAGCAAAAGAAACUGUAAAUGUAAAAAUAGAAGAGAGACCUGCUUCGACAUCUUCAAGUGAAAGAAGCUUGACAGGCAGUGUACCCAGGUAUGUGCUCUUUACCUUAUUAAAAUGAAUAGUGUUGGUGUUCUCUGCAUUAUAUUUCUUUCACCUACUACUUCUUUAAAGUGCAUAUAAAAAUUAUGUAACAGACUUCCAAAGCUUUUCUGCCAGUAUGCAUAAGAAAGUCUGAAAAUCCUGGAACUUGGAUGAAAUAACCGUGGUUUACAUUAACUAUAGUUCCUUGGGUGUAGAUGAAAUGUUAAAGUGCAGUUUCCGUACAUAUAAAAACAGAUGCAAAAGCCUCUGAUCUCUUAUUACAGCUAUGCUAGAAGAGAAAGAAAGAAAGUGCAUGAACCCAAGGCUUGCAGCUGCUUAUUACUGUCACAGUAAACCAUAGUUUAUGAUAACGUUCAAAAUUGCCUGUUGAUAAACUGAGAGCGCUUUAAUGCUGAAGGGAAUGCCUGCAAUCUUGUGGCAGCAGCAGGGAAGAGCAGCAUGACCCUGAGGCUCGUUCAUAUAAUGCUAAAUCAUAGUUUACUGUUGCAUCUGAAUGAAGUCACUGUCUCAGUAAUCCUUAUAGCAACCCUGUAAGGUUAGGGCAGUAUUAUCCCUGUAUUGCAGUGGUUACAGCCGAGGCUGAGAAAAUGGUGCCUUACCUAUGGCCACUGUAUAAGUUAUGACCGAGGUGAAGUUUGGACUAGGAAAUUUCACACUCAAAACAGGCAGUCUUGAUUUAUGAUUCCUGAGUCAAGUCCCAAUUUGUUUUGUGGGGCUUAAUUCUAUGCAUAUACAGUUGUACCUUGGUUUGUGAAUGCCUUGUGACUCGAAUGUUUUGGCUCCCGAAUGCCGCAAACCUGGAAGUGAGUGUUCCGGUUUGUGAACGUUCCUUGAAACCCGAACGUCCGACGUGGCUUCUGAUUGAGUGCAGGAAGCUCCUGCAGCCAAUUGGAAGCCGUGCCUUGGUUUUCGAAUGUUUUCAGAAGUCGAAUGGACUUCCGGAACGGAUUCUGUUCGAGAACCAAGGUACGACUAUCUUAUGGAUAAGAUUGAAGCCUUAUCCAUUUUGCUUUUUGGCUAAAGUCUGCAGGAGUUCCCUACAACACUGAGCAUAGGUUUGCUUUUUAAAUUUUAGAAGACAUUGUAGUUUAAAAAUUCAGAACAUGAAACAAAGCUACAUCGUUGAAUAUUAUCCAGGUUUUGUUGAAUAUUAUCCAGGUUUCCUACCAUGUUAAAUAUUAUUAACAUCUAUUGUAGAAAUGAAUGCUUGCUUGGUCAUAUGAUAUGCAAAUGCUGUGCUUUUUCAGGUCUCUAAAUUAUAGUACUGCCUGUCAGGGCAAUAAUAUGGCACACAAUACAGCUUCUAUAAUAAAUACAUAAAAUUACUCAAACCUAUUUUGAAAUAAGAUGUGUACCCUUAACAGUGGCAACAAUUCUCUCAUGACUGCUAGCUUGACCCCAAACUACCAAUUAUCAUGCACUGUAAAGCAUGCACUCUUAUUAACAGCUCUGUGCACAGACCUUCAGAGCCUCCCUUAUGCAAUUUUAGCUACAGAAAUCUAAAAAACCCACAAGUGAAGGUGACAGAUGCAGCUUCUAAAACAUCUGGGGAGUUUAAAAUCAUAAUUCACAAGUAGGAUCCUUUACAUUUUUUUAAGGGUAGUCUUUGCUAGCUGUUCCAUCUAAAACCAAUUCUGCAUAUCUUAAGAGAUUUGGCAAACCUCUGUGAAAAGUUACAGCUAUUUGCAUAGUGAGUAAUCCUUUGCACACAGAGCUGAUGUAAAGCACGCCAGGGUAAGUUCAGCUGGCAUAAAGUUACACCAGAUCCAAACCUGGUCCAGUAGCAAGGCAGCAGCAGCUGCUCAAGUCUAGCAGAGGGAAAACAAGCCUUUAAAAUAGUGUUCGGUGCCAGCUUGCCAGGUCACAUGAUAGAACUGAAUGGGCCUAGGAUCCAGCCUAGGUUCCCCUCCCCCUCUGGUUCCAUCUGCAGAACACCACUUUUUAGGUACUUACACCAGCUUUGGUGCAGUCAACUGAGGCUGGAAUGAGCACAUUAUGCCAGUAUAUCUUCUGCUGAGCCAGACUUAACACUAGCCAACCUGGGAAUCAGCCAGCUGAGCCAAAGAUCUGUUGCAUAUUAAGCUGCUCAGCCCAGCAGAUCCUGCCAUAGGAUUACUGCUCUAGUCUCUCAUUUCUCAGAAUAAUGAAUUCACCCUUUGUACUUCAACAUUUCUUAGAACAUAGUACUUCAUUGUUCAUGCACAUGAAAUGCAUGUGCUUUUUGACUAUAACUCCUGACUGUUUUCCUUUUCACCACCUGUGGAGUACAGUGGUGCCCCGCAAGACGAAUGCCUCGCAAGACGGAAAACCCGCUAGACGAAAGGGUUUUCCGUUUUUGAGUUGCUUCGCAGGAUGAAUUUCCCUAUGGGCUUGCUUCGCAAGACGAAAAUGUCUUGCGAGUCUAGAGAUUUUUUUUUCGCUUUUCCCCCCCUUUAUCUAAUCUGCUAAGCCUUUAAUAGCCUUUAAUAGCCUUUUAGCAGCUAAUCCGCUAAGCCUUUAAGCCUUUAAUAGCCGCUAAACCGCUAAUAGCGCUAAUCCGUUAAGCCGCUAAUAGGGUUGCUUCGCAAGACGAAAAAACCGCUAGACGAAGACUCUCGCGGAACGGAUUAAUUUCGUCUUGCGAGGCACCACUGUAUACAAAGUUGGAAACACGCCAGUCUUCUCCAUAAUGAGAUACAACAUUUAUUUAUUACAUUUAGCUGCAUUUGCUCAAUAAUAGAACUUAUUAUUACUUUCUUAUAUUCUAAUUAUUUAUUAAUCUGAACCAGGUCAGAGUUCAUUAAGCACUAGUUUUUUGAAAACAAAAAACAGGGAAUUCAUUAUGGAUCUUGCAAGAUAUGUUGGAACAUGCACAUUCCCCAUGAGCUCUUGGGAGUUUCUCAAAGAGCUUGGGAAUGGAAGAUCUCUACGAUGCUUCUCCGUGUGGGUAGUUCCUCCCCAUUCCUCUUUAGUUGAGACGUUUCCAUAAUUUCUCUGCAGAAUUAGAGUGCACCAUCGGAUGGAACAGAUGUUUAUCUCAUGAGAAUUACACGUGGAUUCUCCUCCACACACAAUGUUAUGAGUGCUUGCAGUUUCAACAGUGGUCAAAUAAAUAGCAGCAAGAGUCAUAAGUACCAUAUUUUUUAAAAAAGACUCACCUGUUGUCAGAAACUUCAAAGAAAUUGCUGAAAAAGAGAAGACGGAUGAGAUUCUCUUGCACUUUUCUCGGCCAGUGUCCUUAUACCAAAAAGUUACCUAUAUAUAGCCUCUAAAGGCUAUUUCUAAGGAAGACAAAUGUAUUCCACCAGAACAAUUUAUUAACUUCACCGUUUGUUGUCUAUACAUUUUUCUUUCUUCUAUCACUUGACAGUUUCCAUAGAUCUACAACUUGAUGGAAUGCAAGCUCAUGAAUAAUACUGUUACGAUUUACAACGGGCUGCAAAACCUCGUUUUGGACAAAACGUUUCAUAGCAUCCUCUUCAAUAAGAAAAACACUCUUAGGUCAUUGUCCUACAUACUACACUGCAGCAGACUCCCAAUUUUGCAGUUAUACAAUCCAGUCAAGACUACAUUGGUUUGAUGUUUUGUUUCUCAAGAUGUUUAAUAGGAUUUUUAAAUAGUGUCAUUUCUUGCCAUUUAUAACUUGGCCAAGUUAUCCAAAGAGAUUGCAGGAAUGAACUAUUGAUAUUGAAGGCUAAUUCUGUAAGUUGUAGGCAGCUUUUCACCCAGGAAUAUGAACAGGAAGCUAUUUAGGCUGGGCACUUUUUAAAAUUUAUUAGUUUUUUAAUCCCACCUUUCCUCCUGAUUCCCCCUGCACAGCUUCUCCCCACCCUCCCCGUGAUGUCAUAUAGGAUCAAACUAGGCAUGUAACACCAUGGAUUGCUCAGUUGGUCCUUACUCAUAGGAGCUUACUUCCAAGGGAGGCAACAGAGAAAGGAGAGUAAGCAGGUAAAGAAAGUUUUCUUUAAAAGCAGUUCCAGGGGGAAGGGGAAGGAGGAAGAAAGGUCAUAGUAUUCGAGCAAGAGUUUUUGAGGGACAGCUGAAAGUGGUAGAGCUGGACAAGUAAAGAUCACAGGAAGAGAUGUCGGGAUUUAAGAGCUUCAUAAAACAAUGGCAUAUAUACUACCAACCCCAAUAAUAGCAAGCCGUUCCUUUUCCUUUCAAGUAAUUUAAUAGAUCUUGGCUGCAGGAAAAACCAUAGGGUGGUGUAUAGGGCACAAGCCAUGAUUCAUGAAUUCAUAAGCGGGGAACUAUUCUUUUACAGGAAAAAUGCACCCAUAUUAUAAAUUUGAAAAAUAAUUGUCUGGGUCAUUUUUCAUAUUGUAGUAAUGAAUGGGUGAUGAAUAGAUUCUAAAAGUGCAUAUAUGCAACAGAACUCUGGAAAUGUCUGUUAAUCAAUAUUUCUUUUGUGCUUUUACAAUGAGAAAGGAGGUCAAAUUCUUUCCUGGAACUUAACGCAGAUAAAAUAUAUCUGUGCCAAAAUAAUGUUAUUUCCUGUAUAAACACAUUUUUUAGCUGGAAGAUUUUCGGAGACAAAAGCCAAAACGUAGUUAGAUACCCAGAUGUUACUCUACUGUAACAUUCCCAAACCACUCUAGUUGCAGUAGGAUAGUUAAGAAAAGCAUACCUAGUUUUUCUUUCUAGGUCAUGAAUGUGAGCCUGAUGAUUUAUAACCCCUUUGAUUUAUCCUUAGAGAAUUUCAUUAUCUGUACAAAGUAUCUAACCUUUGAAUUCUACUAAGUUCUUUACUGCAUUGAUAUCACUUGACAGAGGAUGGCACGAUUUAAAGUAUGCAUGGUGUGCCAGUGAUAGAUUUAAAAUAUUCUUUCAUCUUUCUUCAGCAUUUUUCUUUUUUGUUGUUGAACAAAAAAUACAGGUGCAAAACUGUUUUUUAUACUUAGUAGGGCUUUGCCCAUGAGUUCCAAAUUCUUAAUUCUUUAAAGUGAUAAACUACUAGGGCCAGCUCAGAUAUUCAGUAGUUCCUACUCGACGACAAAAAGAGGAUUAGAACUCCCCACCCCUGAUUUCAAGCUCUUGGCCUAAUAUAAAUAGUGCAGCCAUUCUGGAAAUGCACUAAAAACUACAACGUUUUUGGCAUAUGUGAUAUUUUUCAGGCAGAUUUUUAUACCUAAUACAAGCUGAUUUUUAUUAUUAUUCUACGCUUCAGUUGAUCCCCCAUAUCAUUUCCUUAUUCUCAUAUGUGCCACAGUCCUUACCCCCUUCAUUCAUCUGUCAUGGCUCUCAAAAUUGUUGAUUCACUCUCAUGUGUUUUGCUGCUACUUGCUGAUGUCUAGUUUUCUGUCAUGUCAUGUCUCCUCUCCCAUCCCUGAUCUCCUUCUCACUGUCAUCCCAGCAUAACAUUCCUAGGUGUCUUGCUGAUGUCUGAAACAGAGCAAUGAAAUUUAAGCUUAUAAUAUUUCUGUCACUUCUGGAGAAUGUAGUUUCAUCCAAGUUCCUCCUCCAUAGUCAAUAGUCUUUUCUGAAGUGUCCUUUAUUUAUUUUACCUCCUCCACUCCCAUGUCACUCUUCCCAAUCCUGUCUCUACUUCUAAUUAUAAAUCUAUGGCAAAGUAUCCCCUUUUUUUGCCACUUUAUGUCUCAUGAAUAUUAUUAGACCUCAGGGCAGGAAUUAUUACUUCUCUACAAUUCCUAUCAUCUUAGCACUACAUCAAUGCUAAAUAGUGAGUUUACUUCCUGCUUUGAAUAAAAAGUACAGUUAAUAUGACUUGAACUUUAAGGGCUAUGUUGCUUCAAAAAUAUUUUCUCUCUUUUUAUUUUAAUACUGCGUAAAUAUGUCUUAUCUUCUUAAUGUCCUGAGACUCAAGUGCUGUCAAAGUUGUUUCAAUUAUGUAAGGAAAGCUCUCAUGGGUUUAAAGAGAACUUUAAAAGACCCUUUUAUCAUAGCUUGAUCUUGAGUGUUGUUAGCCUCAGUAUGACUUGGCUUUGAGACAAUAGUUGUGGCAUGUGUGAAUGUCAGACGUGGCAAAAAAAUGCCAAAUAAAACUCCAAACAGUGAUUUCUUCACAGAAAAAGGCAAUGCCAGCAAAAAGAAUGAUGGAGAGGGGGGAGUGAUAAUCACAGUAGGAACAUUUUUCCUAGUCAUUCUUGGGAAUUUCUACUGAUCUACUGACUAUGGAAGUGAGAGCUGGACCAUAAGGAAGGCUGAUCGCCGAAGAAUUGAUGCUUUUGAAUUAUGGUGCUGAAGGAGACUCUUGAGAGUCCCAUGGACUGCAAGAAGAUCAAACCUCUCUAUUCUUAAGGAAAUCAGCCCUGAGUGCUCACUGGAAGGACAGAUCCUGAAGCUGAGGCUCCAGUACUUUGGCCACCUCAUGAGAAGAGAAGACUCCCUGGAAAAGACCCUGAUGUUGCGAAAGAUGGAGGGCACAAGGAGAAGGGGACGACAGAGGAUGAAAUGGUUGGACAGUGUUCUCGAAGCUACCAACAUGAGUUUGACCAAACUGCAGGAGGCUUCCCCUGUUUAACCCCUGUGAAUGUAGCCAUUGUUUUCUUCUGAGGUUGAAAGUAAGCAAUAGUGGCUUAGAAGUACAGUGGUACCUCUAGUUACAAACUUAAUUCGUUCCGAGGUCCGUUCUUAACCUGAAACUGUUCUUAACUAGAGGCUUGUUUUCGCUAAUGGGGCCUCUUGCUGCCGCUGCGCCGCCGGCACAUGAUUUCCAUUCUCAUCCUGGGGCAAAGUUCUCAACUCAAGGUAACUCUUCCAGGUUAGCAGAGUUUGUAAGUUUUUAAGAUCAGAAACAAAAAAAUGGCGUGCUGUGUAUGGAUUCCUUUAUAAUACCCAUAAAGACAGCUAGUGUAGUUGGACCAUAUCCUAACAGUGUUAGGUUUGUUCAUUUAAUGGAUCUUUGACACUUUUUUAGUGAAAGGUGGCCUUAUUGAUUAAUAUUGAUGCUGCCUAUGCUGGUUCCUCAGGAUAGUUUUCUUGGUUAUGGAAGCAGCAAUGUAUUUCUCUUUAAAAUUCCACAAUACAUUUUAGGAGUCCCAUCAAAGUCGUAUGCAAUCAGGGACUUGAGCAGGAAUUGUAGGAGGAACAGGCAACCAAAAUGCUAACUUACAAUAGAAUUGCCACUUUCCCCAUUCUGUAGACUAAAUUAGAUAAAAUUAUUCCUGCUACUUGAACACUGAGUAGGACUGAGAUGGCUUGUCAAUCUCUCAUACACAGAUUCCCAUCUGAACAUUGAAUUUAAAAUUGCUAGAAUUAUCCCAAGACAUAACAACAAGCUGUUUGGCUGUGACUUUUGUUUGAAGUAUUAUGCAAGCUCUGUGUAGCAUUGACAACAAAAUGUCAGGUACUUUACAUGAAGGUAACAUGAUUACCAUAUUUCAGGUUAAUUUUCUAUUUCCAAAAUCUGGAUGUUUUCACAGACCUCUUUUUUUAAAAAAAGUUCUUGCAUCAUGUAGAAAAACCAGUUAAGAUAACUGGAUACUUUUAUACUACCCAGUGUCUUUCAUUCACAUUGUAGUCCUAACAGGUAAUUGAGUAUCAUAAAGCCUUUGAAACAGAAAGUUGAAACUAAUAACUAGCUUCUCCAAGGCCUCCUAAUGAAUCCAAGAACAACUGAGACUGAAACAGUUUUGCCAAGUACAAACUCAAAUUCUUAUUCAAGCUCUUUCUGGGAACAUGUCGUGAAAAGCAAUAUAAUACAAGCUCUGGGAUUUUCUUAGAGACAAGACACUAAAAUAAGCAUGGAAAUACCUUUUCAGUAUCCAUUGCUAUUAUAUGAAAAGUACAAUGAAAGUUGUCAAAGGUAUAUGCAAGGAACACUUCCCACCCCCCUACCAUUACCAGCUUGUAUUUAACUCUGAUGUACUAUCUAAUUGACACAGCUGCUAUUUAGGUUAAUUAUAUGUCAAAAACUGCAGAAUGAUAGAUAGUGACAGUAGACAUAGUGUUAAAUUAAGCCUGGGAUUUUGACAAGGGUAGCUUUUGGGAGCUAACAAAAAUAAAAUACCCAAAACAAAACCUGAUGUUGUAAAGUAUUACAAAGAAACCGGACUGCCCCAAUAUUACUUGCUGCCAGGGGCAAAGGCAAGAUUGUGCCCUCGCCUUUCCAUUCUGUAUGCAGAAAGCAACUAGGCAGACACUUGAAUCUUACUUUAACAGUGAUUAUGAGACAGCCUUCUCCAUUGAUUGAGAGGGAAGCAGACUAGCUUAGGGCAUAUGGAGCAGAUCAUGUGACACACACAACUCUCCUGGCUCUGAGCCCCUCAGCACGUGACUGUCUCAAUCUGAUGUUUGGGUCAGCCCUGCUAAGGAAGUGUGUCAUGAUAACAUGAUCUCAAGGUGAGGAUAGGAUUGGCAUAUGGUACUAGAAUGUUUCCCCAUUUUUUGCAGUGUGUGUCAUAGCGUACUUGAGCCACCCAAAUAUGUUAGGAACAGAUCCCAUCUAUUGUUUGUUGUGUUGAAGUAUUUUUGCCAUGAGUUGUGGGGCUGCAUAGGUUUUUAAAUAAGUUAGUCUGAAAUGGAGAUUUGCUUUUUCAGGAAAACUAAUCAAGCCUGUUCACUGACCCUUAGCAACAUGUUAUUUGCUUUUUCCUGCUCUCUUUUUGUAGCCUGUUGUAAUCUGUGUGAGGCAAGCUAAUACAUUAAGUAUUCUAUGUAUUGUACUGAUUCCAAGUGAUUCCAAGUAACGUUUAUUGUGGAAUGCUUUUAUUAUUUUUAAAAACCACUAGGUUUUAAAAUGAGCAUUGGUAAUCUGUAGUAUACAAAAAUUGUUCAUGAUAUCAGAAAUGCAUCUAACAUAGUUUUCCUAAUGAACUCUAAAAUGUACCAUUCAGCUCUUUGUAGUAACUGAAGUGCAUUAAGCCUGACCACUAUAAUGUUUAAUGGCUCUUUGGCACAAAAGGAAACACUUAAAAUGUCUGCACACUGAUGUUGGACUAGUUGCUUUCAGUGUAAUAUGCCCUGAAUUGUACUAUGGGGAUUGACUGAAGUGAAUCCAUGCAUAUAUAGAUGAAAUCUGUUAUACAUCAAAACACAUACAAGAGUAAGUUAGAAAAUAGCAGUGCAAUUGUAUACAUGUCUAUUCAGAAGUAAGCCACUGAAUUCAGUGGGUCUUACUCCCAGGUGCUUCCAUCAUAAAUUGCAGCAUCAGAGAUUUAAUGUGAAGAGAUCCAAGAAACCCCCUAAGGGAAGACAAUUAAAUAUAGUAAUAUAAAUUAAACAGGGAUGUUUAUGUCUGAAUACAUUGAAGACUGCAGCUCUGGGCAAACAUUUUAUUAUCAUGUUUAUUUUUAUUAGGAUAAAGUUUAGUACUACAAUUAAUAUACAGACCUCUUUUCUACUCAAGGAAGAUAUAAAGACAGAGGCAGAAUCUCAGUUAUGUGAGCAUUUGUUAUUCAUCAUUGUUUCUGUAAAUCGCAUAUGGGCAAACUAUGGCCACAAUCCCAGCUCUAGACCCAAAUAUGAACAGCUCUCAUUCCCUGUGAUUCUCCUGACAUGUUGCAAAGGAAGGAUCAGCUCCUUUUGAUAGAGAAGGAGACAGAGGGGGCAUUACAGGUCACUUUUAAAGAACAGCAACUGGAGACAAGGCAAGUAAAGCCGUUCUCCAAAAAUUCUGUACAGGGUGUGGGAGUGCUCUUUUAACAAGCCAUGAGCCUAUCAUUUUUCCCUAUUACUUGGGAUAAUUUCCAUUAAUCAUUUUUUAAUACAUUUUUAUUAUCAUUUCAUCACUAUGUUGCUUGCUUGUUGUAGGGACUCAGAGGAAAGAAAAAAUAUUGUUAAGGGAGAUUUGAUUGUGAAAACCUUUGUGAGCAAAAUAUUAAAGGACCUCAAUUAAGGUGUUAAUUGCAUUUCUCACACUAGGUAUUUUGGUGUCUGAUUGUGGCAAUAAUUCCUGCAUCUUUUGUAAGGUGCUGAUCUAAGAGUGUACACACUUGAAAUAUGCAAGUAUGUGAGCUUUUGCAGCAUCCUCCCAGAGCUACCCUAGCAUGAUUGCACCUCAGGAUAAUUAAAAACAAUAUUUGAGUUACAUCAGGAGACAUUAUUUUCCCUUGGAUUUCCCAGGAAAGUAUUUAACUGGAAUUAGUAUGUACUUGUGUCAGAAGAUGUACACCGUUAAGCUUCCUUUCCUUGUGUGCUGUCACUUGCUUUUUAGCAUUCUUGACACACAGGAAGGAGACAGCAAGGUGGAGAAGCAUGUGCCCAGCUCACUAAUUCUCACUAAUUCUGUUGGGAAGAGGAUAUAGGACCUCUCAGGGUACAUAGAGUAUGAAGAAGAAAUAUGCUGUGUGUACUGCACUAGGAAAUGGGAAAAGUAGAAUGAAAACAAGCCUUCGCUAUUUCCCAGUUCUUCUUAUUCUCUUCCUCUUGCUUCCUGCCAGUCAGGGAAGGAAAUCUCAUAUUCUUUUCUGAGGGGCAGAAAGGAAAAGAGUAGAAUAGAUUCUGCCAGAAUGAAUUGAACUAUAGUUCUCUGAAGUGAUGGAAAGCUUCUGAGCAUGCUCUGAAGCUUCCAUUGUAUUACUAGAAUCACAGUAGGUAAUGAAAAUAUCCCCUGCUGGUCGUUCCUCCCACCUUUUACAAGUCAUGUUUUUGAUAGAAAACAGGGAGGGCAAGGGGUGAUUACCAGUUUGUGUUCGGCUCAUAACUGGGGUGGCUUUUUUAAACAGAGGGAGUUAGCCUCUCCUUUCUGAAAGUCAGUACUAUUCCUCAUGUUAAGCAUCAGAGACUCAAAGGGAAGGUCUGUUGGAUAAGACCAAAGACCCAUCUAGUUCAGCAUUCUGUUCUCACAGGCAGCUUUGGGAUAGCUCACUUGGUAGAGCAUGAGACUCUGAAUCUCAGGGUCAUGGGUUCACGCCCACCUUGGGCAAAAAAAUGCCUGUAUUGCCGGGGGUUAGACUAGAUGACCCAUGUGGUCCCUUCCAUCUUUGCAAUUAUAGGAUUCUGUAUGACCCCACCGUAACAUGGUUGUUUUUAUAAUUUCCAUACCUCCCUUCAUCGGAUGAUCACAGGGCAGUUUACAAUAUAAAAACACAAAAAUACAUACCACAAUAAAUAACAUUAUCCACCACACACACAGCUUAAAAGGCCAUAGAUUAGCAACUGGUAUUCAGAGGCACACUUAUACUGGAGGUAGCACAAAACCCACAGUGCAGUGUGGGACUUUUCCCACCAUUUGCCAUCCACUACUGUGGGUUAAACCACAGAGCCCAGGGCUUGCCAAUCGGAAGGUCGGCGAUUCGAAUCCCCGCCAUGGGGUGAGCUCCCAUUGCUCCGUCCCAGCUCCUGCCAACCUAGCAGUUCGAAACCAUGUCAAAGUGCAAGUAGAUAAAUAGGUACCGCUCCGGCGGGAAGGUAAACGGUGUUUCCGUGCGCUGCUCUGGUUCACCAGAAGCGGCUUAGUCAUGCUGGCCACAUGACCCGGAAGCUGUACGCUGGCUCCCUCGGCCAAUAAAGUGAGAUGAGCGCCACAACCCCAGAGUCGUCCGCAAUUGGACCUAAUGGUCAGGGGUCCCUUUACCUUUACUUUUACUAGACAGUGGAGGAGGUAUUGGGGCCAAUUUACACUUAGGCAACGUGCAGGUUUUAGGCUCAUUCAUCCAAUGCCCCCAAAACACCUAUAAUGUUUGGAGACGAGACUAGCUCUGGCUACUCAGUAUAACACACAUGCAUGCACCGUUUUUACAUAUUUACAUUCCUCCUUCAGACAUAGCAGCCUUGCUUAACUUGUCUGCUGGCUGGGGCUGUUGGGAACUGUGGUCUAAAACAGCUAGAGGGCACCAGGUUGGUGAAGGCUGCAUUAUAGUAUUCUCCAAGCGACACAAGGGAAACGAGUGGCAAAUUUGUGUGCUGUGUAAAGUGUGUCAUGAGCUUUACCCUUUGCAAAAUGCCAGACAUGGGAACAAAUACGCAUUUAUCUUGGCUAUCAGCUUAAUGGUAAUGAAUAGUACUUGCACAAACCUUCCAUGUUUUAUUUUGUCUUUUAUGUUGGCAAGACAGUACAGUAGAGACUUUUUGGACUACAUUUCGGAACAUUAUGUAGUGCCACUUGUAACUUGGCAUCUCUGUGGCUCAUUAAUUAGCAGUGAUUACAGUUCCAGCAAGAACAGUUCACACUCUCGUAGCAAAGUUGGUGAAACUGGUCUUCUAUACCAAUAUGAUUCAAAUAAAUGAAAUUUUAUUCCUAACUAGGGGAGCGGAAAGGCUUUCAGGAACUUGCAGGUCCUAAUUCUGUUUAUUGCAGUAACCUAAAAUGGAAAUAUUGAUGCAUCUCAAGGGAGCAUUAGGGUUUCAGGACUAUUUAUUCAAGAGUCCAUUAUGCAAGGAAAAUAAUUUUCUAUAGGGAGUGUACUUCCAUGCCCUAAGGUUACCAGAUGUCCCCGUUUCCUGGGGACAGUCCCCGGAUUUACAAAUCAGUCCCCAUACAAAAUCCUAUCAUUCCUACUGAAGUUGAAAAGUGUCCCCAGAUUCAUUGAAAAAAUUCUGGUAACCUUUACCCUACAGUAUUAAAACAAUGCACCACAGGCUCCUUAGACAUUGGAGAGUAACAUGCAUAUUUAUUAGAGCACCAGUGUUGGGAGAUGCUGCAGAGAGGAGGCGGAAGUGUAACAGGGUGAGGUUUUCUUGAUUGCUAUGAUUUUGGCACUAUCCUUGUUGCAUCCAUAUCAUCACUUAUGAUAGGUAUUUUGUGUUUGACAUUACUUGGCUCUGCUUCUAGGGAUAAUUGAAUGCAGAAAAAUUCAAAAUAUACCACAAAGAAGAAGAAAAUAACAAGGUCAAUUCUCUCUAAACCUGAGCAUAUUAAUUGUCCAGUAUAGGGCAAGGUCAGACAGUAAUGCUUUGCUACAAAAUUUGUAGAAAGUGAUCUCCCUGAAAGUAGAAUUUAUCAUAGCCUGUAAUGGGGAGGUGGGGGGGGGGUCAUUUUCAGCUUCAGAACUUUUUAAGUGCAUCAUCAUACUGCAAGUGAUGCCUUUCUUUUGAAUACAGUCUUUUUAUACUUUCCUUGGGCUUCCAGACCUAAAAGAAAUCACAUCUUGGCUUCUGCUAUUGGCCAGUGGACUAAGGUUGCUGCGUUGUGUGUGUAAAUGACACUGCUGAGAUUGUGUAAAUUCAAGAUUCGGUCCCUGUAUUUGCUUGCUUUCUUCCUCUUUUAUUUCAUGUCUCUUAUAUUGUGAGGGACUGUCAUCUCAAUCUCUAUACAGCACUUAGAAAAUGUUAUGUGCUUAGAGAUUGACCUUUCUUCUCAGUGUAAAAGCUUUGAAAUAUUUGGGGGAGGGAUUCUGCUGCUUGCCAUCUUCCAUUUGGAGACUACACUAUUAGGCAGUGAAAGACACGGCUUUUUUCAGCCCAAACUCACAGAAACUUGUUUCCGGUACCUCUCAGGUGGGCACCAUUGCCAUUCUAAGAGAACGAGGGAGGUGUUCAUGGUGAGUUCCGGCACCUCUUUUUCUAGAAAAAUAGCACUGCGUAAGGAUAUUGUUUUAAUCAUGUCCAUUCUCUGUGUCCAAAUUUGUAGGGGUCAUAAGCGAAAGCUGGAUGAAGAUGAUGGUGCCAGUGAAUCUAGCAAAGGGUCUAGCAAUGACGACGAGGAGGGCAGCAGCUCAGAAGCAGAUGAGAUGGCGGCAGCACUGGAAGCCGAACUGAAUGACUUUAUGUAGCCUCCAUAUGGGAGGGGACUUGUAAUUAUGUGUUUCUUUUUGCAACCAUUCAGAAUUCCAAUGGUGGGCAUUUCCUGUUUUCCUCUCCGAAAUAUGGUGUAUAUUUUGCAAAGCAACAAAGGAGGCGAUAAUGCAUUAUUUUACAAAACCUGAAAUAAGAUGUUUUUAGGGUGUUUUACUAAAGGAAUAUAUACUUUUUUAAAGGAAAAGUAUUAAAGGGGGACUUGGUGUGAUGCCAAAGACAUGUUGUGAGAGCUCUGCAGAACCUUAUUAUAUGAGACAUUAGUACAAAGAUUUGCAUCUGAACAUUAAAAAAAUUAUUGCCAUGACGGCUUUGGGUACCAAGCUUCAGAAAGAAUACCUAAGGAAUAUAUUGCAUGGAUGAAGCAAAAGAUCUUGAUCGGGAUGUUUUCUUCACAAUGAAUUCUUAUCAAAUAGAAAGAUUUUUAAAAAUAAAAAUGAACAAUUUAUAUUUGUAUAGGAACUGAGAAUGCUAUAUGCAAGCUUUGUGAACACUGCACUCAACCUACCUGCCACUUGCUUCUAAGAGAAUAUAUGAUGGUUGAUUCCCAUGUUUUUAAGUUACUUUGUGGACUAGUAUCCUUUAGAGAGAGACCAUUUAGAUUUUUAACUUUACUUCUCUGUAAUUGCAGUUCUAGCACAGGCUAUUCUGUGUAGUAUUGUACUGCCAUAAAACAUAUUCAUGCAUUUUGUGUUGUGUUUGGAAGGAAUUGCUGCUAGCGAAUUCCUGAUAGCAUUUUAUUUCUUUCAGAGGACAGAUGUAAAGUUUUUUGUACAUUCUAUUUCAUAUUUGAUCUACAAAACAGAUUCUUUUCAUUUAAUAAUAAAAAAAAUACAUUUUGUAAGCUCUGUGCUCAUUUCAUGAUUUGUUGUGCUGAUGUUUCUAUUUUGGUUGCUUCCAUGCAGUAAGAUGCACCUUUUCCAAAAUUAUACUUCUAUGAAAAUAAUUAGCAACAUAUUUUGGAAUAAGAUCAAAAUGCCUUUGAUAGAAAUCCUCUCAUUCCAUGCUGUCCCCUCCUGUUGAGCUUGCUAACUGAAUUGACAGGAAAUACUUGUAAAACAGUUUGAUCACAGGAUUGUGUUUGAGCAGAUGAUGUUUUAUGUGUUUAGUCAUAUUGUUCAAGCCACAUUUUGAUGGGUUGGAGUCUCUUUUUUAUUGCGUGUGUAGGUCAAGGGAUGAGUCACCUGUAGUUUGUCAGUGAAAAAUGUGGUUGGGAUCCAGAUUUUUCCUUGCCUUUUGUGCAAGGUGGUUGCAGUAGCUCAAUGGAAUUUAUUCCUUUGAGCCACUGGUUCCCAUGCUGUGACAAACUCUAUCUUUGUAAGUUCUUCUCUUUUUCAAAAGCAUCUCGCCAUGUGUCAAGAGGGGAUAAAAAAGCAUUGUGCAUAUCACUAUUACGUAGCUCAGCUUGCCCUAGCUGAGGCAGAUGAGAGUUGUAGUCUAAAACAUCUGUAUGGCACCAGAUUGGCGAUGGCUGGACUUGCUCCUUACCUCUAAUCUCCAGCAAGGAUGAAGCUUCAAUAAAUGUGUUUGUAUUUUCUCAC